GGAGGAGGAGGGGGGCCGGCAGGCGGUCGGUCGGGCGGGAGCCUCUCACAGGAACCCUCCAAAAAAAAGAUGGCGGCGGGCUCGGAUCUGCUGGAUGAGGUUUUCCUGAACCCUGAUGUGGACGAGAAGGUGGUGAGCGACCUGGUGGGCUCCCUGGAGUCUCAGCUGGCGGCCUCGAGCCACCACCACCAGCACCACAGGGCGCAGGAGCCCCUCAGGGCCGCUGGGGGGCUGCUGGGGAACCAUGUUGUGAGCAGCAGCAGCAGUAGCAGCAGCCCGAGCCCGAGCCCUGGAGGAGUAGGAGGAGGUGGCGGCGGCGGAGGAGGAGGCGGAGGAGGAGGCGGAGGAGGCGGCAGCAGCAGUGCUCAUGUCCACACCGAGAGCCCCGGCAGCGGCACCGGCACCACCACCGGCGGCGGCGGAGGCAGCGGCAGCAGCAGCGCCGCCGCCGCCACCAGCGCCGCCAAGAUGGGACUCAGUGGCCCCGAGAUCACCAAGCCAGGUAACCUGGCGAGGCGACGGGGGGUGGGGGUGGGAAGGGGCUGCCCCCUUUCCUCAGGGGGCAGAGGGGGCUCCCCUUCUCCCCUCCCCCCUGCUGCCCCCUUCCUUCCCCCCUCCUGCCUCUUCCCCCCGAAACCGGGACUGCUGGCUCCCCUCCUUGCUCUUUUCUCUUUCCUUUUCCUCUUUCCCAUUCUCUCUCUUCCCCCCCCCCCCCAGUUGUUGUUAUGAUAGGAAUUGGAGUGUGCAAGGGGGUGGCUGGGUGGAGAGGGUCGGGGGCGAGGGAGGCCUUCCUAGAAUGCCAACCUCUCACCCUCCAACCCCCCCCUCGCUCCCCUCCCCGCAACAUACUAUUUUUGGCUGGGACUGGCCUCUCCUCCCCCCCUUCCUACUACAUCUAGAGUGGAAAUGGAUUAUUGAGGGGUUUUGUUGUGGUUGUAUAUGUGUGUAUGUAUGGCAGUUCUCCUCUUUAACACCGUCUCCACCCCCCUCCUUUUUAAUUAUGUCAUCCCUCCCCCCCCCCCACUUCAAUCUCCUGGUAGCUGGGGUAUUUGGGGUGCUCCUGAUUGAUCGGGAGGGGAGACCCUUGGCAUUUGACUUCUGCGCCUCCUCCCCUCCCCCCUACCCACUGCCUUGUCAAAGAAAUAAGAAAUUGUGUUGUUUACAGGGGAGAUUCUCCCGUCCUCUCUCUCCCUCUCCCUCUGUAUAUAUAUAUAUAUAUAAUGCUCUUCUGGAGCUGUCUGAAUUCUUCCUUGCCCUCCCCACUCUCUGUAGCUGAAGUGCAAGGAUUUUUGUGUGGAGGGGGGGGCAUUGUUAUUAAUCAUGACACCAGCUUCCCUUGAGAAGAGGAAGUGAUGGGGGGACGUCGGGGUCAGGAACCCUUUUUAAAUAUACCUCUUUGCAAAGGCCGGUCUGUUUGGCUGCUUCUCCUUCCGUUGUCGUCGGGGUUAUACCUCAACCUUUUGAGUAUCUUCUUUCUCCUUAAACAAUAUGCCAGGCUGUGUGGUUUGCUUCGAAUCUGAGGACAAGCCCCUCUUGCCCGUGAGGUUGGGAGAGAUGACAGCCCAUCUGUGAAUGUUUUCCCCUUUAUAGCAAGACAGUGGACUGUGAGGGGUAUCAUAACACUUGGUCCUGUCUUUCAUUGCAUGGCUAGAGGAGCAUUGUAAGGGAAAGAAAACAGUGCUUCUCUCCCCUUCCACCACCAUGAUUUACACUCCCCUCCCCCUCUAUAUAUUUUUCCCUCGCUUUUGUGUGACUGAAAUAUUACAGGGAUGCUGUUGCACGUAGGACUCCAGGUUAGUAAAGGGGGAUCUUGGAGGAAGAACCCUCCGGUAGCCCUGAUUUGUGUGACAUUAUCUAUCUGAUUACAGUCCUCCUACUUGUGUCUUCUAAAUACGGGGCCUGUAAAGUCAGGGAUGGUGUAACACAUAAUGCCAGACUUUGCUAGGGUCAGUGGGUUUUCUGGGUGCAAAAGAAGCAUCUUUGCUAGUAUUUGUUUUCCUUUGUAGGAGCAGCAAUCAAAGCAGCAGGGUUUAAUGUGUGUAUGUUUAAGAGGGAGGGUGAAGUCCUCUAACACUGCCUUGCAACCUCUUGCCUUCUAUCAUCUCUCUGACAGCUGCUGUUCAGUCCCACUUUUCCACGUUGUUCCAUUCAACAGGAAACAUUUAGCCACUAGGUUUUCCUAUAGCAGAUGAGGGGAUUGUAUGGAGGGGGUUGAAGCCUCUGGGCUGCCCCCUAUUUACUUUUCUCUUUUUUUCUCCCUGCAACUGCUAGAGCAGGCUUGCAGUAGAGUAUUAUCAACCACAGUGCUAUAGUGUCCAAAGAAGGAAAAAGAAACACAUAAUCAAUCCCCUUAGGAGCUGAUUUCUUAUUGUGUGUGUCAUAUAUAUAUAUGGCUUUGGUUAAUUAUUAAGUUUACCGUUUGUGGGGGGAUGGGAACAGUGAGAUGAUUUUUUUAUUUUCCACUCUGGAAAUAUUUUCACCUUUUUCAUGUCCUUCAAUAUAGAGAGUUUAAGACAAAGGAGAAGAGUCCCACUGUUUUAGCAGAGUUUGGCAGAUGUUUUCUUCUUGGCUUCUCUAGUCAAAAGACUUCUUGGCUUCUCUCUUAUUUUUGUAUGUUCUUGUCAUUUAAUCGCCUUUGUUUUAUUUGCAGGAGCUGGUGGAGUGCAAGGGAGUGUUAUCAAUCAUAACGCCAGGUCCCAGGGUUCUACUUUGGACGGGGCCACCACAACCAGCACCAGCACCACUGCACCUGUCCAAGGCGGAUCUGAAGCUGCUGUCACCCCAGGGACCCUUAGCCAGGGUAAAUCAGUGGUAAUCAGCACCAUGGCAACAGCUUUAUCUACCAGGAAUGGUAAAAUUGGGACCACGACAGUGCAGACCUUGAAUGGGAGUAACGUAGUGAUGAAUUCUCACGCUGCUUUCUCGGCCACGCCUGUAACGGCAAACCCUACCGUAAUCCCUGCUGUCACCCCUCUUGUUAACAAUGGACCUGGAAAUGUGGGGAAAGUCAGUACCGUUAACGCCGUCUUGCCAUCCGCUUCAAAUACCGUCAUCCAGACUUCUUUCCUUGGCACUGGGGUGUCCUCCGCCUCUUCGCCCUCCCCAACGGUGAUCUCCUCACAGCAGCCCCCAAGUAUUGGAGCUGGGGGACCAACUGUAGCAUUGGUGAGGCCACCCAUUCACACGGCAGGACCCUCCGUGGCUGCAGCCACCCAGAACGGGAGCAAUACUGUGAUCAAUUCGACCAUCAACGUGGGGAGUUUUCCUCCUGCGGCUGUCGCUGCAGCCACCGUGGGGUCUGGUGUUUCCCUCCAGACCACCCUCGUGAACAGCCAGCCAGGUUCUGGGGUACCGGCUGCACCCACCGCGCAGGUCAUCAAAUCGGAGUCUCCUAAAACUAUUGUGCAGACGGUAACUCAACAGCAGACUCUGGCUGCUGGUGGCCAGCCCAGUACUACAGGGGGUAAUAUGAUAAUCGGGCAAACUAUGCAAGCUGGCCUGCCCAACGUGGCCCCUAAUCCUGGUGGGGUUCCUCCUGCGCCUCCAGGCACCCCCACAGGCCUGGCUAAGGGUGCAGCCAACACAGUGGCGCAGAGCCUACCAAGGACUCCGACGGCAACUACAAGUGGAAUCAGAGCAACUUUGACUCCCACUGUUUUAGCACCUCGUCUGCCUCAGCCUCCUCAGAAUCCAACAAAUAUUCAGAACUUUCAGUUGCCACCAGGUAAGGAAAGGCUUGAAGGAGUCCCCCCUCUUUCUUUUUCUGCGCUAUUGGUGCCUAUCGCUUAAAACGAAGCAAAUGUUCCGGAUUUUACUGUAAAUGCAGGGUCGGACAGAUUGUACUGUGAAGGUCUCUUUGGACAUGGAGUUACAUGUGCUCUGUUCUGCAUAUUCCAAUUCGUUGUAAUUGGCAUUAUGCAGGUAGCUGUUCAGGAACCAGUUGAUGGACAUUUUGCAGCAUCUGUAAAUUUGGAAUUGUUCUGGGUAGAUUGCGCUGCUCUGAUUGCAUCUAGUCUGUUAGCAGCUUUUCCUUCAGGUUUUCCUCUGCCACCAUGAGGGCUAGAAACACAACUUUGCUAAAAGAAGCAAAAUCUGAGAUUCUUUGGAUUCCAGCAGAAGGUUUAUGAGUUGCACAGCUUUAAAUCAUAUUGAUGUUUUCCCCAGAGUAGUACAUUACAUCCACAUGGAGUUUGGUGAUUCAGAGGACCAGAGCAUGCUGGUAUUGAACUCUAGGAGAGAAUGCACUGCUAGGUAAAUUUUUACUUGAGCAUUAAGUGAGCAAAGCAGUAAACCUGCAGUACAGCAAUGUGCUUUACUACUGUGCUAAGCAAAGGAGAUAUGUCCUAGCAUAUUCCUACUUCUCCUCCUCUGUUUCAGCCUGCCACUGUUGUCACAGAAGCAGCAAAAAGCAAGUACAAUUUGGGAGCAGAUCUGCUUUCUUUUUUCUCUUGAUUAAAAUGACGCAAAAAUGCUGUGCUUAUGGCCCUUGAUGGUUUUUAAAACUGGCAUGUCUGGAAUAGCAUUCCAGCCUCAUUCUGUCCUCACAUCACCCUGUUGUGGGUAGUGCUGAAGCACAUGUAGUAGCUAAGAUCAUGUUUUGGUACUAAGAGGCAACGUGGGAAGGAGCUUCUCUGGUCCAAGACCUAAUACAAGGCUGGAUUAAUUUCAUUCUGCUUUUCCUUCCUUAUGAUCCCAAAGUAGUAUAUCCUAAGGCUUCAAUAGCUUCAGUUUGUGACUUUAAUUGAGAUGUUUUAAAUAAUUAGUAAAAAUGGUGUGUCUAGCUUUCUCUUCUUACUGAGUAUUACAUGGGCAACAUUCUCUUCCAGAUGUUGCCAGCCUUUCACAGUGAUGCACCUUUUCCCUGACAUUCUUUUGUGGUGUAGAAAUAUGACAGCAGUAAUCUGAACUGGCUGUUUCAGACCUUUACACCUGUCAAUUCCACCUGAAUUCCACAUGCCUAUGAGAAUUAAAGGUAAAGGUACCCCUGCCCGUACGGGCCAGUCGUGUCCGACUCUGGGGUUGCGUGCUCAUCUCGCUCUAGAGGCCGUGAGCCGGCGCCGUCCGAAGACACUUCCGGGUCACGUGGGCCUAUGAGAAUAUGCAGCUCUAAUUGACACUUAUAGUUGAAUAUUAGUAUUCCCCCCAAAAUAGUAUUUCUUAUUGCAAGGUGGUAUUGCUACUGCACAAAGCACAUCUAAUUAUUAAUUUUUCCUAUUGCUACCUAAUGAAACCAGUGCGGUGCAUGUGUUCUGUGUGCUUCAUUUCAGUGGAUCUCUGAAUAGCAAAGCCAAUAUGUUGGUUGAAACAUACUUGGCGAACUGCUUAGAUUGAUAUGUUUAUCACAUAAGAGAGACCAGCGGCCCUAUUAUAUUGCUGUACUGUACUUUUCUUCUACAGUAGCAUUUUGUAUGCAGCAGCUGAUGCUCUUGCUCAGUUCACUGAAGGCUGCCUGUUAGAUCCUCUAUAGAGGCUGGCUAGAUAUUCAGAAAACUUAGGGUAUUUGCAUUGGACAGAAAGAUACUGCAUAGUAAGCUUAAUUAUGUCCACGGUUCAAGGCAGUCUUGAACUGUGCAAGAAAGCUUUCCACACCAUGUAAUUGCUGUUCUUCAUUGCAUUCUUAAUUUGAAAGGGGGUGGGGGAGUAUUCACCCUGCCUCUCCAAAAGUUCUGUCUUCAUUUUCUUUCACAUUAUAAAUGGCUUGUAUAGAACAAGUGUGCUUAGCUGCUAAAAGAAGCAAAGUUCCAUUCUGAUAACAGAAUUGCCGGGGUACAGUAUAGAAGGUAGGGAACAUAGGAAGCUGCCUUGUACAGAGUCAGACCAUUGGUCAAUCUAGCUGAGUGUGGUCUACACUGACUGGCAGCAGCUCCAGGAUUUCAGACAGGUGACACUUGCAGCCCUACCUAGAGAUUCAGGGGAUCAAUCCUGGGCUAUUCUGUAUGUGAAGCAGACACUGUACCAUGGUGCUAUGGCCUGUCCCUGUUCCAGUCUUCCCAGUCAAUGUGUUCCAGACCAAAUGUAUCCCUAUAUUUCUGGCCCCACACAAAACCAGAUAAACCUGGGCCUUUGUAUUGAGGAUGAACAAUGCAUCAUGAAUGUAUUGAUUUUACUGCCACAAGAUGUGGAGACAGCCACUAGGUUUCAUAAGGCAUAGAUAUACACAGGUUUUAGCCACAUGGUUCUGACUCUAUAUUCAUUUUCAUUUGUUUUAUCUAGCCACUUUGAUUAGUGCCUUUCAGAGGGGAAAAGCGAGAUUUUUUUGGUACUAUAUAAAUUUAAAAAAUGGGGACAAGAAGCAGGGUGUGAUUGCUAUCUUCAUGCCCAGCUCUGGGGGUGGAAUCUAACUGACCACUGUUGGAAACAGAUUGCUAGACUAAGUGGGCCUUGGUGUGAUCCAGUUGUUGUGCUGCUAUUAUGUUCUCAUCAUGCCAAAGGCACAAACCCAUUUUUCCUAAAAAGAGGGUGGCUCAUUGAACAUCAUUUCAUUUGACGUCAUUUUCCUAGUUAGUAGGAGUUGCAAACAUAUUGCAACAAAUGCCCUCAAAACACAACAGCUUUUUCUUAACUGAAAUCUUCAAGGGCAGGCCUUUGAAUCUUUGCUGAGGACUUUGCUGCCACUCUUUUUAGUUGCCUAUUGAAAUGUGAAAAGCUGCCCCUGUGGGGCUACUAGUGUUGCAGAAAGAAAAUCUUAUCUAAAAACAACUGUUGUGUACCUUUUCCAUACAUCCGUUUUGCGAUUUUAAAAAGGCUGUCCAUUUGCAAAAAAUACACGUGCUCCAAAUCAUGACAAGCGUGGCUUGCUCUCUAGAAGAUUUGGACUUGUGGUUACAGCAAAAUCCAAAAGUGCCACGCCACGCCUGUCUUGUGGGAGGAAAAUUAUGACUUCAGUUCUAUGCACCCUUACUUGGAAGUAAUCUCUAUUGUACUCAAUGGGUUUACUGCUGUAUAAACACCCACAGGACCAGGCUGCAAAUCACUGAGAUGCAGUUCUUAUACUGUACUCAUGAUUUUUAUAGUGUAAAAAAAUACUUUGUACGCAUACCGUACAAAGAGGCAGUCAGUUUCAUUGCUUAAAUUAUUUACAAUAUUUAAUCAUCACUUUUUAAUGAAAAUGCCCAAAGUGACAUAUAACCAAAGAUUAGAAUACAACAGUAUGCAAGCACUUAAAAAGAUAGAACCAUUAAAAAGUUGCAAUAAAACACAAUUGCUGCUAAAAGUCAGAUGGAAUUAAGACACCAAAAUGUUUUUCAGCAACUGCCAGGAAGCAUAUUAACCCCCCAACCCUACUCUGCUAAGCAAGAAAGCCCUAAAGUUUGGGGGUUUGCCCAUAGCUCAGUGUCAGAGAGCAUAUGCUUUUCAUGCCCAAGGUCCCAGGUUAAAUUCUUUGCACUAACAGUUAAAAGAUCUCAGGUGGAAGGGCUUUGAGUUUAGAAACUAAUGUCAGAAAUGGGUAAUGGUGUUUUUUUCUUCUUUGGUGCUUGUGCAUAUGCAAUCAUGAAGGGGAAUACUGUUGUCCUUUAGGACCAUAAGGGCUGAUGUACUGAGAGGGGGGGUAUGUAAUGCAAGUUGCAGUAUCAAGAGCCUAUGGCAAGUUUGCUCCCAGGUAGAGGAAUCUUCAGUAUUUUAUAUAUUUAUUUGUUGCAUUAUUUGUUGCAUUUAAAUCCCACCUUUUCCUCCAAGGAGCUCAAGGUGGUGUACUCUGUCCUUAUUUAAUCGCCACAACAGCCCUGUGAGGUAGGUAAAACUGAGAGGCAAUGACUGGCCCAAGGCCAAUUAGCAAGCAGUGUUAGAAACUCCAAAAUAGCCCUUAAACUAAGGUUACGGUUGCCUAAGACGGCUCUAAAGUCUUAUUUUUCAAAUGAUGGACUGACUGUGAUUGGUUAUCUGUUAAUCAUCUAGCUAGUUCAGAUGACAACCUUGAGCUAGGUAAAGGGCUUUGAGAACUUAAAAAAAAAAGGUCACUUGAUCCAGGGACAGUCCACAUAUAUAUUGGCCUUUUCCUGCCUCUUUUUUCUUAAUAGUGAUAGCUGCUGCUCGGGCUGCACAGAAAAAGCGUUUUGGUUCCUGAAAUUCAUUCCAGUUACACAGAUGAAACAUAACAGAGAGAAUUCUGCAGGAUGUGGUAUUUGUGUGUGAAAAUACACCCGAUCCAAUGAUCCCAAGACAUGCACCUCCAGAUGGUGGAGAUGUCAGGCAUCAUCCUGGCUCGUGGGCAUCUUCACUUGGUCGCAAGUGGUUGAUAUCCAGGUGCAGAACAUGCCUGGCUAAUUUCGAACACUGCAAGUGAGGAUUUGAACCCAGGUCUCACAUGUCCUAGUCUGAUGCUCUGCUACCAUUAUAACAUACUGUCCCUGGUACAUCCUCUGACAUGGCCGUUUAGUGUGCUGAAAACAGGAUUCCUCAGCCAGGUGCUCUUUUGAUGUUUUGGACUACAAUUCCCAUCAGCCCCAGCCAGCAUGGUGAGCAGAGUUGUGGUCCAAGUCCUUGGGAGGGGUACCAGGUUGAGGAUGGCUAGCCUGAAAUCAUAAAUGGCAUAAUUACCAUAUUACCAAGCAGAGAGGCCCCCUUUAAUGAAAACAUGAAUUAUUACUAAGUUCCAUAUUGUGAAGCACCUGCUCCCAAGGAAGGCACUGAAAAUCUAGCUGGAGUGGGAUUCAGAAAAGGGGAAAAUGUAGCUGUUUUGCCUACCUGCCUACUACAAUGUGCUCGCUAAGUGUAGCAGUGCUCCUUGAUGUGGGAGAUAAUGGGCCCAGAGCUACUUGGAGCUGAGUAGAGUGCAUUGCAGGGUAGGUGGCACACUUCUUUUCCCCAAAUGGACCAGGUACUUAAACACCCUGAAGAAAUUAUGUGCUGGGAAAACAAUAAUGCUGAGAACUUUUUUCACUAGUUGUCCAGAAAAGCUGCAUUCUUAGGGUUCAUCCCCCCCCCCCCACACACCAAAGGGCACGUCAAGCUAAGGAAUACUAGCUACUAAGCAUCAAUAAAUCUAAAAUGCAAAUUGGAAGUUAUUUCUGGAGGCUAGAAAUUUUAAACUCCUGGAAUACUAUCCCCAGAGCAGAUCCAGGUAGACAGAGAUAAAUCAUACAUAUAUAGAAUAGUUUUUUUUUUUUCAAAUGGCACCUCCCCUUUUGCUUGGAAAGAUUUCCCCGCUCCCAAAAAAACACCUUUGAGUAUUUUUAUCUUUACUACAUCUUGAACUAUUGGAUAGAAUAGGCUUGUAGCUGAGAUAGUGUUUUCUUGGCGAGGUUGGGAGGUUUCAUUUUGCUUUAUAUGGUACCUAACUGGUCAUGAGAUCAGAACUGUCAGUUAGUGUGUGGUUUGUUUGAAGUCUUGCCUGGACCAGAGGAUUUAGCUGAUUGGCUCAUGCUAUUUGCAUUUUGAUUUAUCAGAGCCUGGUGUGAAGUCUUGGUUCCUGUACAUUGUGUGGUACACAAUGUGGGUUCUGGGUUAAUAUUUGGAGUGGGCGGGAUGGCUCUGUUUUGCAGAUGAAUUUUUAUCUAAUUCUGAAUCUUGUAGGGGGUUGGACUUUCAUUCUUUACUGAGUUUUUGUGAAGUGCAAAACCACAAGAUACUUGGGGUGGCACAUAAUACUAUAAAUCUCCGGAGCUUCUGCAUAAUGCCUCACUUAUGCAAGAUAUAGCCAUAAAUCUGCACAAAGCAGUGUUAAGGUUUUCUUUCUGAAAAAGCUGUCACUCACUUCUAGGGCUGUCUUUUGAGUGUCCUCUAGUCUCUUCUGAGAGUACAAUAAAUUUAGGGACUUAAGUUCAUUAUUAACAUAACAACUAACAUUACGCAUAUUCCACUGAAGAAAGCAUUUUUUGAAGUAGCAAGAAAUUCUGAAAGAUUGGACCCUGAAAUAUUUUAACAUGGGUCAGUGAAGUUAGUAGAAUGUUUAUUUGCUCAUUUUUUAUUGGGAGCACUCAUCUCUUACAGUAGUUGCUCCAUGCAAUUAUAUUUUCAUAUAAAAGUAGGUCCUAAUAAUAUCCCAUCUUUCUGUCCCCAUUUGUCGCCAUACCCUUGCCUCCUCCAAUACUUAUCAGACCUAGGCCUCAUUUAAAAGUGAUGUCCAAAGUAAUAAUGCAACCAGGGCACCAGCUGCUACGUGUGCAGAUUUGGCCUACAGGUGUUAUUCCUGUCUGGAUUGUGGAUUCCUCUUGUGCUAGCACAGUGCAUGUGUAGGUAAGGAUGUGAAGAUCAAACGCCACAUUUCUUCCACGAAGCCUUUGACUUAACCCUCUUGACCCAUAUUUAACCCCCAGUUGAAAAAAUACCUACCGGUAUGUACAUGGAAUUGAAUUUGUAGGUAUUAAUUUCUGUUUAUUUUCUCUCUGUUCUUCCCUUCCCUCUGUAGCCUUCAUCACUGUCAACACUGUAAGCUAUAUAGUUUCAAAUUUGCCUUUUCCUCCUAUUUAUUCUGUAAAACAUUGUUUGUGACUCUGUAUAUUAUUAUUAGCAGUCAUUCUCUUCCCCGCCUCCCAUAACGAAUUAACAAUCUUUAGCUCUUUUCUCCAAAAGAAUUGGGGUUAGUUUUUAAUAUCAAAUGCAGGUGUACGGAUAGAUUAAGUGCCUGGUCUCUUGGGCUGCAAGAGGUUUCAUGCUAUGGUCUAGCAGUUGUUAAUAUUUUAAUCAACUCAGUGAAGCGUUGGCUCCUAAAAAUUUCAGAGUGGCUGCUAGGUAUUGAAUAUAUGUUUUCAGCCCCGAACAAAGAAUGAUUGUGAAUAUAAUGUCUUUGGGGAGUUAGAGAAGAAAAGAUUGUUAAAAGAUUUGUCAGGUUAUGCCAAGUAGAAACCCAUUGUCUCAUUUAGAUGGCUUAAGUUGCAUGGUGGAGUUCUGAUGCACAAAAGGUAUCGUGUUAAACAAUGGUCCCAAACUGGAACAUGCAAGACAAAGUUCAGACUUUUUGUGAGAGAGGAUUCUAUGUAAACUGGACACUUUCUAUGGCUUCCCCAGCAGCACCUCUCUGUCUGUCUGUCUGUCUGUCUGUCUGUCUCUCUCCACCUAGCCAGGUCUUCCAACUGUCCUUGCCUCAGCUGAAUCACCAAACUGCUUCUACAGAUUCUUCGAUGUAAAGAGCAAUUUGUGUGUGCUUGGUAUGGCGAGGGAAACUAUGAAUAUGGGCAAGGAAGUUAUAUUUUGUUUCUAGCAAACUGUAAGCAGCAUCUCACUUGGUGAACCUUUUAGUGAUUUCUCUUACGCUCAUUGCUCCCAACUCCCCAAGUCUUGCCACUUCCCUGAGAAAUUAGAUGAUUGCUCCAGUACUGUAUGCUAUUUCUUGGACGCUGUACUUAACAUGUGCUUAUGGUUGACACUGCCCUGGUUGCUGUUCAUGCUAUUCCUGGGUCACACGGAGGCUUCUGACCACAUGGUUCUUUCUAAUGGCGUGUUAAGCAAUACACAGGUGAGAAUCUUUGUUCACACUGGACUCUGCAUGGGCGCAACCAUUAAAGAGAUGCUGAUCAUGGUGGUACCGUGCAGGAAUGCAUAAAGUGAGUCUAAGGUGCCCCUGCUGCAUUUGUCUCUUGAUAGUAGGAAGUCUACGACAGACUAGUGGAUGAAUUAAAUGAGAACUUGCUGGUUGACAGCUGCCUGCCUCUAGCUUAAAGAGGGAUCUGCAAGAAACACUUUGAGGUCAAAUUAAUAUACCCCAAGUAGGAAAUGCUAUGCAAAUAAUUUGCAUAAAAGUCCUUGUAGUUGGUUCUCUGGUAAGGUAAAGCUAAAGGGACCCCUGACCGUUAGGUCCAGUUGCGGACGACUGGGGUUGUGACACUCAUCUCGCUUUACUGGCCAAGGAAGCCAGCGUACAGCUUCCGGGUCAUGUGGCCAGCAUGACUAAGCUGCUUCUGGCGAACCAGAGCAGCGCACAGAAAUGCCGUUUACCUUCCCGCCAGAGUGGUACCUAUUUAUCUACUUGCACUUUGAUGUGCUUUCAAACUGCUAGGUUGGCAGGAGCAGGGACCGAGCAAUGGGAGCUCACCCCAUUGCGGGGAUUCGAACCGCUGACCUUCUGAUCGGCAAGCCCUAGGCUCUGUGGUUUAACCCACAGUUCCACCCGCAUCCCUUUGGUUCUCUGGUAGAUUUUACUUAAACCUCAUGGUAGUAGUAGGCCUGGUUUGUAAAAGGUGUGGAUCAAACAAGAGUGUGUGGGGGAUAGCAAUUUUCUUGACUCUAUAUUGAAGGGUUUAAUUUUACACCAUAGCUCAUUGAUUUCUAAAAUGAUGAGGCAUGGUAAUGUUUAAAGUGUAGCAUGUUGGGUUUUGAAAUUAUUCCUAUGAUGCAUGUUAUUAGAUCAAUUGUCUUGGACGGAAUGAGUGAUGAGUUGUCAAGUUGCAUAGAACUCUGCUUUUCUGAUGCGCAGGAAUAUGUUGCUGUUCAGCUUCAGAAAAAGUGUGUCUCAGACAAGCAGUAUAAAAGGUAUUAGAACUCCUUUGAGCCCUAUUUACUUUUCUGUGGGUACCAUUCAGCAGUCAUACUUAUAAUUGCCGUGUUUGGUUUGGUUAGCAAGCUGAUACUUCAAUCCCACAUUUUCCUCAAGAGAGUUCAAAGUGGCAUAGGUGAUCUUCCCCUUUAAUCUUGACAACAGCCCUGUGAGGUAGUUCAGGUUGAGAAAGUGACUGACCCUAUGCCACUCAGAGUUUGGUGGUUGGGUAGGGGUUUGGGACUCGGUACCUUCCCAGUCCGAGCCUGAUACUCUAACCACUGUGUGACACUGGCUCUCAUCUGUGAGAAAGCAGCUUUCUGAGUUUUGCCACCUUCUAUGCACACACUUGGCUUCACCAUUUGGAGUUUGUAUCCUCCACUUAAAAAAAGCAAAGCAAAGCAAAUUGAGGUAUUAAAUUGUUGUUUCUAGAGGCCUGGAGUUUGCUUAGCAAAAUAAUCUUUUUUAGUACUAGAUUCACACUCUGAAAGACAUGCAGAUACACAAAUUUACAAGCCAAUCAUUACCUCAACAAUAUGGGGACUAGCAUCCUUGUUGUGAGUUUCCCACCUGCUGGCUGUAUCCUGAGGCAAAACUCAGUUGUAAGUUUGAGACCAUUAGACAAGGAGUUUUCCUAGUUCUGAUCCACACUAGGAGUGAUCAUCAAUAGGGGCAGGGAAAAAUCAAAAGGUGCGAAAUCUGCUUCAUGAAGAUUCAUCUUGUAUCAAGUUUCCCCCCCAUUUCUAGGUUCUAAGUAACCGUUAGCUCUUCUGGAACUUAUACAGUGGUGCCCCGCAAGACGAAUGCCUCGCAAGACGAAAAACUCGCUAGACGAAAGAGUUUUCCGUUUUUUGAGUCGUUCCGCAAGACGAAUUUCCCUAUGGGCUUGCUUCGCAAGACGAAAUGUCUUGCGAGUUCUUGCGAGUUUGUUUCCUUUUUCUUAAAGCCGCUAAGCCGUUAAUAGCCGCUAAGCCGCUAAGCCGCUAAUAGCCGUGCUUCGCAAGACGAAGAGACUCGCGGGACGGAUUAAUUUCGUCUUGCGAGGCACCACUGUAUACCAGAGGCGAACAACUUUUUCAGCAUUCAGGCUUCUCAGAAUUGUGCCUUAAGAUGAUUGCAAUUUGAGUAUUUGCCAAACAUUAGACUUUGCAAAUCAUUUUUAUGAUUGGAUGUGUCAAGUUUUAGACAUAUUGCCCAUAUCAUAAGCUAUAUUUGUUUAAGUGGGGCAUAAAUGGGAGGGCAGGAGAGAACCCUACCUGAAUAAAAAAAAUAAUGAUAGUGAGGUGUGGAAGGAUUCAGAAUGGCUUUGAUGUGGCAGCUGUUAUGCGAAUUGCCUUUAAAACAUUGUUGUGGUAGAAAUUACAAGGUGUGAGAAGGGCAGCUUGUUUGUCUUGCCUGUCUGAUACUUGGUACCUAACUCAUGAUACUAAAUAGUGCAGGGACACUCUUUGGUUAAAGUGGAAGCUGGGCAUACCUCUUGCAGGCAAGAGAUUCUGCAAUUCUGCAGCACCUUGAUGAGCGUGCCUUGAAGAGUGUACAGGAAACCACCCAUGCAAUGCCCCUGACAGAUGCUCCAGAUCAUCAUCUGCCUGCAAGGAGCUACCCAGGUAGUGGAAAGACCACCAGCAUUCCUAAGAGAGUGGCCACCUUUGGAUGAUCAAAUCUCUGCUUAUAAGCGGGAACAUAAUACACCCUUCACUCCCUACCUUGCUGUGUGAGUGGUUUUGCCUUUGAAGCAGGAAACUGUGAUGAUGAAUGGUUUCUAAACAAGCCAGAUUAUAUGAAGCCAAAAGGUUUAGAGUUGCUUUUAAGAAGCCGGCUUGUUUGGAAGCCAUUAACUAUUGCUCCUUUUUCAGCUAUGAUGGGAAGCUAUGGUCGAUGGCAGCUUCCUGACAUGUUUGCUUGCUCGUGCAAAGGGAAGAGUGAGGUGGGAGCAAAGGAGCUGGGUUUUUAUUAAGAUGAGCUUUGAUUGUCAGAACGUGGUCAUUGCGUCAGGUGUGGAGGUGCCCAGGGGGGAAAGAGGUUGGUAGCUAAAAGUCAGUAUAAUACCAGGCAUGCACCUGAAAAUCCUGGUAAUUUACCCUGACCUUCGCAGGAUAUUAUUUACAUUCAUUGCUGCUCAGUGGUUUUGGUUCAGAAGGUGUCAUCCUUUCUCAGAAAGAGAUGCAGUAUUGUAUUAGCUGCAUGAGUAAAAGGGCCACUAGGUGGUAUUGUGAAGAGAAUAGGAGAGGAGUUAACUUAAUAGAAGUGGGUGUUUAAGUGAAAUAAAUUGCAUGCGGGAGCAGGAUCUUUGUGACAUUAUCAUUAAUUUCCCUAGGCCAGGGGUGCCUUCCAGAUGUGGUGGACCACGGCUCCAUCAGCGGUUGCCAGCAUGGCCAGUGGUCAGGAGUAGUGUUAGAAACUUGGAUAUAUAAGCUAAUUGCCAAAUGACACCUUUAACCUAAGUUACAGUCACCACAAGAGAACGUCUAGGUGCCUUUUUUUUUACAGUGAAAUUUAUUAUUAUUACCGUAUUUUUCGCUCUAUAACACGCACCCGACCAUAACAUGCACAUAGUUUUUAGAGGAGGAAAACAAGAAAAAAAAUAUUAUAACGAAACAGUGGAUGUAUUAUUUUUGUGGUUCAUGCUGUGGCCACAGACAUGUGAUCUGACGGUGAGUUUGGGGUAGCCCAAUGCAAAAAUCCUGAGGAUCCAUGUGGAUCCGUGCUUUGUAACCACGUUUUAGGUGGGGAGGGAAGGAAAAGCGCUCAAGGACAAGGAGCACGCAAGGGGUGGGUGGAGAAGGAUGCUGCUAAUAAUGCAGAAGAGGGGUAUAAGCGUAGAAGGCUCCUCUCCUCUCCCGCUUUGCUCCUUUAAAGCAAGCAGGCUCCCUGUCCCUCUCUCCUCCCCACUCAGUGGCUCUUCUCCUGCUUUGCUGUUUCAAAGCGAGCCACAGAGGAGGGAAGAGGAACCAUGGAUCCUCUGCUCACGACUGCAGCAGAUCCCCCCGCCAUCCGUAGGCAUUCGCUCCAUAACACGCACAGACAUUUCCCCUUACUUUCUAGGAGGAAAAAAGUGAGUGUUGUGGUGCAAAAAAUACGGUAAUUUCAUUUCUAUACUGCUUUAUAUUUUAAAGGGAAAAAAAUCUCAAAGCGGUUUACAACACAUUAAAACAUCAAAUAAAACAAUCUAGGAUAAAAAAAUUCAAGCUACAAGGAAAAUACUUCAGAUCCCUCUCCAAGUGAUAUUUUGCUUUCCCCAUAUUUAUUUACCUACUUAAUUUUUAUAGCUGGCCUCAUAGCAGAAGUACUCAAGCCAGUGUGGUAUAGUGGUUAGAUUGUCGGACUUAGGACCUGGUAGAUCAGGGUUCAAAUCCCCACUCUGUCAUGAAGCUCACAGGGUGACCUUGGAGUCAGUUGCAGCCUUUUAACCUACCUCACAGGGUUGUUGUAGGGAUUAACUGAGAUGGGGGGGGGUGAACCAUGUACUCUUUGGAGAAAAAGGUGAGAAAUAAAUGCAAUAAACAAGCUCUUCUGCUUACCUGCUUAAGAAAGCUGGAGGAGCAAGCCAGAUGGAGAUGUCAGUUGCCAACCUGGCAUUCAGAGAUCUCCAUGUGGUCGCAACAGGACCUGCACCAGUCGCUAAACACACCUGGCUAGUUUCUGACACUGGUACCACGUUGUGUACCCCUGCUGUUUAGGUUAUUUUGGCUGGGCAGGGAGAGCAAAAUAGGCUUUAUAGUAUUCUGCUGUUUAUGUAAAUAACUACAUUGGGCUCUUACAAACAUAAUGGAAGUUAUCUCUUUAGCCAUGGUUAAUAUGCUUUUUAUCGUCUGCUGUCUUCGAUACAAGUUUUUCCCACUUACAAAUACUCUCCUGAAGAUCUCGGAUAUCGGGCAGGGAUGUAAUUGAUCAGGUGGUCCUUGAGAUAUCACGGACCCAAGUUGUUAAGGGCCCUUUAAAUUAAUGCAAAGAACCUUUAAUCUGGCCUGGUGACAUGUGCAGCCAGUGCAAUAUUUUAAGCAUCAGGCGUUUGCUUUUUAACUACAGUUAACAGAGGUGGAAGUGACACUUAAGGUGAGUAGGGAGAAUUUGCCCUAGGUAGAAAGUAUGCUGUACCAAGGCCUACUCCCAGUCUCGUAACCAAAAUUAAGAGAUCAACUCUGUCAUAUAAAGGAAGUGCAUUUUAGGUUCAUUAAAAAUAUGUCUUUGGUCACCAUGUAUAUUUUCAGAGUUACUGGAAGCUUAAACUAGCUGGUGUUUGUGGCAUAUUUCCUGUUGCCCACCAUAGAGAAUCAUAGAAUUGUAGCAUUGGAAGGGACUCCAAGGGUCAUCUAUUCCAACCCCCUGCAAUGCAAGGAUUUUGCCCACCGCCAUCCCUGAGUGGGCUCGAACCGCCAACCUUCUGGCUAACAGCCACGUCAACCCAUUGCGCCACAGGAGGGCUGGAUCAGAUUUGCCUCAUCUCGUCUUGGUAAAACUAUGCUAAAGUGCCUGACUUCCCUACCUGCAGGUUAAGUAUGAAGUCUCUGUUUAUAUCAGAUUCAGGUCUGGCAAGCUUUGUUCACAACAGCAGAAUGGAAAAUUUCAGUGUUAAGUGAAAGAUUUAACUUCUAAACAACUUGAUGGCUCUAAUCUGACACUCCUGAGGGUUUUCAAAAAGGAAGGGCAUCCCCCCCCCCCCGCAAGCUUUGCUCAUAGAGACUACAGCUUAAGAUAGCACUUGAGUAUCUGCUUGAAUCCCCUUUUAAGCAGCAGUACUGUGGGCAUGUCACUUCUUAAAAUAUGUAUAUGAAUUCCUUUGUAUAUGUAUUAAGGAUAUGCUAUAUUUGUUCCCAUAAGUUUUCAAUCGAGCUGGAAAUGCCACUGAUAUAUAAUUUUUCUGCUUUGAAAUAUUUGUGAGCAAAGUUGCACCUAUGCUGUGGAUAUGCCUAAUAUGGAUAAAUAAAAGAGGGGUAAACAAAUUACCAGUCUUUUAUAUUACCAGUCCUUGGAGUUCCAGGCCGGGUGAUGGUGGUGGGCAGGUGCAGGUGUGCUUGCCUGCGAAGAAGAUUCACCUUGGACUUUAAUCCCACACACCACUUCCUGCAUGCUGCCUGGUGUGCAAAGGGCCUUCACCUAAGAGAUAGAAUCAUAGCAUUAUAGAGUUGGAAGAGACCUUGAGGAUCAUCUAGUUAGUACAAUCCCCUGCAAUGCGGCUGCGACCUUGCUGUUAUCAGCACCACACUCUACCAAGAUGAACUUACCUUUCCUGAGUCAUGAAGCACAAAGAAGGAGCACAGGAUAAAAAAAUUCAGUGCCCCCCAAUUCACCCAAUACUUUAUUUAUCCAAGGGUGGGAGAGGGGCAGCUCUUUAUCAGGGGUCAGCAAACUUUUUCAGCAGAGGGCCGGUCCACUGUCUCUCAGACCUUGUGGGGGGCUGGACUAUAUUUUUUUUGGGGGGGGGGAAAUGAACGAAUUCCUAUGCCCCAUAAAUAACCCAGAGAUGCAUUUUAAAUAAAAGGACACAUUCUACUCAUGUAAAAACAUGCUGGUUCCUGGACCGUCUGCAGGCCAGAUUUAGAAGGCGAUUGGGCCGGAUCCGGCCCCCGGGCCCUAGUUUGCCUACCCAUGCUCUUUAUUAAUUAUUGUACUUCCCUUCCUGCAGUGUGCAUAUACUGGCAGUUUAAAUAAUCUGUCUGUUUGAUGACUUGGUUACACCUGUUUGAUUACAUUCAUAGUCUAACUCAGACACAUUCAUGUACCCAUUCAUAGAGUUGUAGAGUUGGAAGGGAGGGACUAGCUAGGCACUCCUAGAUGACCCCACGUGGGGUCAUCUAGUCCAACCUCCUGCAAUUCAGGAAUCUUUUGUUCAAUGUGGGGCUCGAACCCACAACCCUGAGAUUAAGAGUCUCAUGCUUUACUGACUGAGAUAGCCUGAGUUUUUGCUUGCAAGUUCAAAACUACUAGUCUGCUGCUGGUGUCAUUCUGGAAGAUGCCUAGUUGUGUGUGGGUUACAAGUAGGGCUGUGGUGUACAAAAUUUGCCAUCUAACAAAACCUCAGCUUGUAUUUUGAGGAAUAGUGGUGGUUGAAGUCAAGUUUCUAUCUCUUACAUGGUUGCCCAUAAUACUUUCAAGUGUGAGUGGUAUGUUGUUAUUAUUACAUUUAUAUUCCCCUUUUCCUCCAUGGAGCUAAAGGUGGUGCACAUUGUUCUCUUCCUCUCUCUGGGAGGUAACUAAAAAUUGCAAGGCAGCGAUUGGCUGGAAGUCACAGCCUUAUCUCUCCAGGUAGUAUGUGUAUUGGUAAGCAGCUUUUGAGGGAUUCAGAUAAGGACUUUCCAGCCCAUAAGCAGAGAUCCCUUUUUAAGUGGAGAUGCAAGUGCUCCACAGCUCUACCACUGUUAUGGACUUUCCCCCAACUUCCCAUCUAGUCACGCGUGGACAGUAUCAAUAUCGUCCAAUACCAACUAGAGAUGUGAAUACUCAGGGGAGAAAAGAAGAAAAAUGUGAAAUACUGUAUAGAGGAAAAUCCCUCUUCUACCCAUUUUUCUCUGCACCUUCAUAACUUUAGUGUACUCGUUUAUCUGAUUAUGGACUCUUAUCUGGCCAAAACUGCACCAUCCACACACAAUAGUGAGGUAUCUGCUUGCUGAACAGGAACACUUCAUACUGCAAUGUUUGGUUACAGCUCUCACGUGCCCUAUUUUAAAUACCAAGAUUGAAAAACGACAACACGUUUCCCUGAUUGUGAGGAGUGUCUAUUAUUAUUAUUAUUAUUAUUAUUAUUAUUAUUAUUAUUAUUUGUAUUAGUAUUAUUGUACCACCCUUCAGCUGAACAUCACAUUAUAUUUUACAAUAUAAAAACACAAAAGUACGCAACACAAUAACAAACAAAAACAAUUACCCCCACCACCACCACCCAGUUUGAGAGGCCAUAAAUUGUUUUAUUUAGCCAAAGGCCUGGGGGAAGAGGAAUGUUUUUUCCUGGCACGUAAAUAUGUCUUAAGUACCUACAAGUAGAAAUCCUCCGUUCUGACAUGUCCCCCAGUUCAUUCUGCCUUUUUCCUUUUGCGUCUUACAUUCUUUCCCACCAUGUUAUUAGUGUCCCAGAUCUAUGCAGCUGCGAGAGGGCUUUUUUAGUUCCACCUGUGCUGCUGUGUCAAGGAAACAGUAGUGCAACGAGAUAGCGGUCCCUCCACCAACCGGAAAAGGCGAUUGGAGGACGAGAGAGAAGCUGUGCAACUGCUACUGUAGUUUUCCCAGACAGUAGAAUGAACAGCUCUGUGCCUUGACUUUAAGGGCUGAAAAGAAGCUUUACAUAGCAAAGGGACCAUGGAGGUGAGGGAAAGGAAGGGUAUAGGGGGAGAAAGAAGCAGCUCUCUGGGACUCUGGCAGUUCAACCUCAGGCCUCUUCCAAGGAAUUACUUGUGCCACUUUGUAGACAGGACAGUGGAAAGUUUUAGACAUAUGCUAAACUUAUCUUUAAAAACCCCCUCUCUUCUCUGCAUAGCUGUCGUUUGUCCUCAAUGUAUAGUCAAGGUCUCUCUUGCCCCAUUUUCACUCAAGAUAUCAGAACACACUUGCUGUUCUCCAAGAAAUGUGGCUUUUGUAAAGCCAUAUAGCGAGUGCCCUUGACGCGCUUAGCUAUUGACCUGAAUGCGCUGUAAGGAAUUUGUUUAUCUCUCUAGAUGUAAAUGGUAUGCAAAAUAUUAAUAGAACACUGAAUAUUGAAAUGGCAUUGCACUCCUAAUAUUCACCUACCAAAGUUUAUUCUUCUUUAGACUCCACAUCUGCUCAGUGCUACUUGUGUCUCUGUCAAGUGUAAUUGCUUUGAAAAUAGCUUGCCCCACAUUUUAAAGGCUUGACAGCUAUGAAAGCAGCUCAUUGUCAUACAGUUCACCAGAAAGGUGUACUCCAGACAUUAAUCCUUCAUUACAACAACCAUAGCCUAGAUUGUGUUAAUUUAACUUAAAACCAACAACAUUAUAGUGGCAGCAAAAUAAAAAUAAAACCACACAGUAUAGUGGACAGAAUGUAUGACUUGGAUACCAGAACUGGGAGACUUGGGUUCAAAUCCCUGCUCAACCAUGAUGUUUGGUGGGUGAUUUGGGGACAAUCACUCUCUUCUGACCUCCUUCACAGCGCUGUUGUGAAGAUGAUGGGAUGAUAUUUGUGUAAGGUAACAUGAGCUUCUUGAAAGAAAGAAUACAAAUAUGAAAUGUAUAUUGCAAUUGACAAUGUGAAUUUGGGAGCCAUAAGGCGACUUCUCUUUGGUACAACCAAUGGUCUUAAUCCAGCAGGUUUGUACCUGGCUGCACCUGCAUGUGUUGGGCAAGACCUUUCAAUUUGGUUUCUGUACACCAAAACCGCCCACCCACCACCUUCCCCAAGUUUUUGGAAGUUUCUUUUAAAACUUGAGGGGGCAGAAACAAUUGCUGCUCAUGCUGCUCAGAAAGGAAGGCUGCUGUUUAGAAACAAUUAAAAAAAGCUCCCCAUGCAACACACCUGUAAGUCUUUCUGCAGAUUUUUUUAGUUGAGGCCAGGAAAUUGAGGAGAUUUCUUCCUAGUCCAAACAGGAAUGAUCCUCGUAUGGAUCCUGCAUUAUGCACAGAAGGUUGCUGCUGGAGCUGGAGAGAGAGGGCUGUUGUAUUCAGCAGAAAGCAUGUACUGCAGGGUGGGUUCUGAUCCAGGCAUCACUCUGUGAUGGGGGGUGAAAUCGGAUGUAGAUAUUUCUGUACAUCUCUGGAUUAGGGGUUGUUACCGAAGCACAGUUGUUGUCCAGCCACAGCUGUUGUCUGGUGCCAUCAGCUGUUGCACUGUGAACACACGCAGGGUAAAAGUGAAACAACUGUGGUCAGCUAAUCCAGAAUAUUGUGCUGGCCUGUGUUGCAGCAGGAGCAGCAGCCACCAUUGCAAGACACGUGCAGUUGUGUUAUGCAGAACUGUCAUGUAUAGGUCUGAACUGACUGAACAGAGGCAUGUUUCAGCAUCCGAGAAGCACUUCUGCCAGCAUAGCCCUGAUUCACAGUUGUGCAACUAUACGCAUUGUCAGAUCUGGCUCCUUUGCUUUCAAGGGCAGGAUGAAGUAAAGGCCUGAUUUGUAUUUUGGCAAGAGCAGAUCUCCUAGUUGUUCAGAUGAAUGAGGAAGUUUGACCCAGAAGCUUUUAUAGAGGUCAGUCGUAUUGGUGCAAAGAGAUUUCCUUGGUUGGUGUGGCUGGUCUCUGUAGGGCUAGACAGAAUCUUUGCUUGACAGCCCUCACGUCUUCCAAGAGUUGCUGUGGUCUUGAGUCCUGACAGCACCUAAUAUUUUGCAUCAGUCCUUCACAAUAUUUUUACAAGUAAAUUUAAAGGACCCCUGGACAGUUAAGUCCUGUCAAAAGCGACUAUGGGGUUGUGGCGCUCAUCUCGCUUUCAGGCUGAGGGAGCCGGUGUUUGUCCACAAUAGCUUUCUGGGUCAUGUGGCCAGCAUGACUAAACCGCUUCUGGUGCAAUGGAACACCGUGAUGGAAACCAAAGCACAUGGAAAUACCGUUUACCUUCCUGCCGCAGUGGUACUUAUUUAUCUACUUGUACUGGCGUGCCUUUGAACUGCUAGGUUGGCAGGAGCUAGAACAGAGCCACGGGAGCUCACCCCAUCAUGGGGAUUCGAACUGCCGACCUUCCGAUUGGCAAGCCCAAGAGCAGGGGUCAGCAACCUUUUUCAGCCGUGGGCCAGUCCACCGUCCCUCAGACCAUGUGGUGGGCCGGACUAUAUUUUGAAAAAAAUAAAUGAACGAAUUCCUAUGCCCCACAAAUAACCCAGAGAUGCAUUUUAAAUAAAAGGACACAUUCUACUAAUGUAAAAAGACGCUGAUUCCCGGAACGUCCGCGGGCCAGAUUGAGAAGGCGAUUGGGCUGCAUCCGGCCCAUGGGCCUUAGGUUUCCUACCCCUGCCCAAGAGGCUCAGUGGUUUAGACCACAGCGCCACACACGUCCCUCUCUUUACUUUUACCUUUGCCUAUUUUAUUUAUUCCUUUAUCUUUACCUGUUUUUACAAAUAGCAGACAUUGUAGUAGGUAGGGUGGAUUUUGCUGGCCACAGGAUGUCACUGCAGCUACACCAACCUGAUGCUCCCUGUGUGUGCUCUCGCUCCAAUGUAGUUGGGAUACUGGAUCUGUUUAAAUCAGUGCUUUGUUUAUAUUUGCAUUUCCCUGUAUGGUCAGAACAGUGUUUUCCCCCUUUUAUGAAUAGAAGAAAAUAUCUUUUAUUUUGGGCUUUAUAGUAAAAUAAACUUAAAGCUCUUUUACAAGAGGUACGCUACUUUGUGGCAUUUUCCUUGGCCUUAGUAAAAGUAUUACCAUCCUGUGGCUUUGGGAUUAUUUCUGCAGGGGAAGGAGUUUCUGUGUUUUUCUGUCUGAGUCAACUGAAACUAGAAAGCUGCAUGAUGUAAAUAUUAUUUAAGCUAGUUGAGGUCUGAUGUAGAAAUGUAGCUACAGUAAAGUCUGCAAUCCUGUACCCACUUACUUACUUGGAUGUUACUGUUGAGUUGACGUUUAUCAGAUUGUCCUAUGAGAGACUUGCUAUGGUUUCACCUGUGAGAAGUAGUGUCUGCAGUAAUUCAGAUUAAUUACAUCUUAAACCAAGCACCCAUUUUUUCCAUGGAGGUUAGGCACUGGGUUCAAAAAGUCGAGAGGUAUAGGGACAGCUUGUUUUAUGUAACAAGAUAUAAACUGGUAUUAUGCACUGGCCAUGCUGAAACAAUGUGGAAAAAGCAUACUGUGUUAGAGACUGAAUUUGUGGAUGUUCAUAAUUACAAACUGGGAACUUGGAAUAGUCAUGUAUCCAGAAAGGUCCAUAGUUUGGUGAUUGGAGCAUGUGGUUAGAAUGCAGAAGGUCCCGGGAUCAUUUGCAUGCUUAAACGAUCUUUGAUAGCAAGACUGGGGAAGGAAUUACUACUGGAUGGAGGAAGAUGAACCAGUGUGCCAACUUGAUAUAAGAGUUUGUCUGCUCAUAUAAGCAUAUUUAGUCUUGCCCUAGGCAGACCUGCCAGGGAUUCCAUAACUUCUUGUUGGGCAACAACUUGUGUGAGGAUGGAAGCUGCAUUUACACAAAAAGAGGAAAGGAGGGCACUGUUUACAUAUUCUUUUCACUUGGUGGUACUUUUUCUCUUGAAAGAGGGUCAUGCUCAUUGACAUCAACUGAAGGUACCUAGGGGGCCUCCUUUACUCUUGUCUUCCAGUGAGCGAGCAGGGUCUCUGUACUGGAAAUGGGUGCUUUUGGAAUAGACACUCUCAUGUGACAUUUACACGGACUAACAGUUCACAUAGAAAUAUCCUGUUCCCACAUACUCCUCUUUCAAGUGAGGCCAGGACAGGAGUUAAAACACACUAAAAGAUUUUGUGACUAGGGCUUGAGUGUUAUUUUAGCUGUAGAAGCUGUUUUCACAGCUGUGGAAGCCUUAAGUAGUGCUAAUAAAGGCAAGACUCUAUGAGAGAUGCAUACCGUUGUCAGGAAUUGACCCAGGCACCUGUAGUUUUUAAUAGGAUUUAAUAAGAGUAUUAUGUACUGUAGGCCUCCCCCACCGCACUAUCUGCACUCCCUCUAAGGUUGGUGAAUUUUUGGUCUACAAUAUAGAGAAGUGCCAACCUUAGUGAAGGCUCUAGUCUAGUGCGUGAGAUUUGGGAGCAGAAGAAUGUCGCUGGAAAAAUGAAAAGUUCAUCCACUUUAUAGAGAAUACAUUUUCUGUUGUCAUGUUACAAUUAUAAUAGAAGUCUGAAAGUCUAAAUACGUUUAUGUUCAAAGAGAGUGUAGUGGGUUGUGUUUUUUGUGUUUUUUUUACCAUUUUCUAUUGUAAAGUUGGCCUUGAACAAUUAUUUUGAUGGCGAUGAUUUACCCACUUUAAUUUUGAGGAGCAUGCAAGUGCUUCUGGUCAGAACUGCUGCUUAGCAGUCAUGCAGACUGGCGGCUUUGUUUUCUGCUAGUUUUUCAUCCAGUAAAAGGCAUUAUUUUCAUGACCUAGCAUGGCUGUCCUAUGCACAAGAAACAAGGUUCCUUCUUUCAAAAGUGUGUAUUGGACUUUGGAAUGCCAUCCCUGCCCUCUUCUAGUUGCUGACCAGGAACCUAGAUCUUUUUGUGGACUGUUUGAUCCAAUAAAAGCAAUUUGCAUUCACUUUUCAUAGAUGACUUAAGGGUCUUUGCUAAAGUUAGCAUGGUUUUUUUGUACAAUUGCAUCCCCACUCCCCAAAACCUUACAACAGAAAAAUGUCACUGCAGACCUAAAAGGAGAAGGAUGAUAUGAAACAGAAACUAAAUGACUGUGCAGUGAAAUGUAAUGUAAUGUGCAAUAUUUCCAACCUCUUUAAAAGUAUGCAGUAAAUAUUAUGAAAGAGAGCUUCAUUUUCAGAUUAAAAACAAGAGAGGAAGAAGAGAGGGCCUUCAUAGAAGCAUAUGGAGCCAAGUGGAAGCAGUUAAAAAAUUUAGAGGCCGAAGGAAGCCUAAAGUGAAUAGGUAUUAUUCACAAAUUGAACACAUUACUGGUAUAUUUAAUUGCUUUUUUUAAAAAAAAACUGUAUUGCAACUCGAGGAAGUAGAGUCUUGAUUUUGGCACACACUUGCUACUUAGACUUACAUUGUCAAAAAAUGUAAGCUGAAAACCUGUCCAAAGCUAUGUGCUCUGCAGGUUCAUUUUGAAACUUAAAGAAUUACACGUGCAUAACCGUGCCUAGGAUUUUAGCCAUGGCUACCAUUCAGAGUAAUUGUUGGGCACCAGGAAAAUUCUGCACUAGGAUAUUCACACUAAAUAGGCCAUAAGCAGCUAACUCAUUCCACAGCCUGUGACUAUCCUGCAACCUGUCAAAUUGUUGAACAGUCUUUUCCUGAGUAAUUACAUACAUUUAUUUGAUGGACCACCAUAUACUUUAUGUAUCCAGUAGUUCACUGCUGUCUGCAGGACAGCUCCUCCUUCCGUUCACAAGGAUACCAGAAGUCUGCUCCACAGUCUGCUCCUCAAAGCAGGACUUUCAGUGUGGCUGCCCAUGUUCUGUGGAACAGGAUUCAUGUCUAGAUACAACAAAUGCCCACCAGCCAGGAACAAUAGAAUACAUUUUUGUUCAGGCAAGCUUUCCGUGUAGAAUUUGCCAUGGUUGUCCGAUUUAUAUUGCUUUGUAGUUAAUUUUCUGGGUUUAUUCCCCCCGCUUUAAACUGUUUUUAGCUGUUUCUAUGUGGCAGGCAGUGUUAGAAACUCAGAUACAGUGGUACCUUGGGUUAAGUACUUAAUUCGUUCCGGAGGUCCGUACUUAACCUGAAAUUGUUCUUAACCUGAAGCACCACAUUAGCUAAUGAGGCCUCCUGCUUCCACCGCACCGCCGGAGCACGAUUUCUGUUCUCAUCCUAAAGCAAAGUUCUUAACCUGAAGCACUAUUUCUGGGUUAGCGGAGUCUGUAACCUGAAGCGUAUGUAACCUGAAGCGUAUGUAACCCGAGGUACCACUGUAUAAGUUAGGCGCCAAAUGGCUCCUUAAACCAAGGUUGCAGUCGCCAAAACGGAAUGCCUACUUGCCAUUUUUGACUAAGACGUCUUUAGGACUAAUUUUCAAAUAAUGAUCGGGGUGGAUUAUCUGUUAAGCAUCUGGCUAGUUCAGAGGACAACUUUGAGCUGGGUUAAGAGAUCUGAGAACUUAAAGAAGAAAAGUCACUUGAUCCAGGAGCAGUCCACAUAUAUAUUGGCUUCUUCCGACCUCUUUUUCUUAAUGGCGACUGCUCCUUCUCAGGCUGCACAGAAAAAUAAGAUAAAAUGUGUGAGAAAAGAACCAUCCACUCUUCCCUCCUUUCCUUGGAGAAAUGGUAGGAUAGAAAGUUUGUAAGUAUAUACAUAAAUAAUAAAAUAUGUGCACUGAAGCUCCCUCCUCAAGACUGCUAGGUAUAUUGUUGUGGAGCUGAAGAAUGCUGUGAAUGCCAGCUGCCUUGAAAAUAUACCUCUAAUGGAGAAAUAGAAAAUGAUUAGGCUUGGGAUAAAUUGCUAAAAUGUACAAGGCUUAAAAUUGGUGGCAGGGAGAUUGCUCCUUUUAUAAAAGUGUCCCCCCCCCCCUUUCUCUUUAAGUACAUUUGGUUAUCCAGUAUAGAAAAUCAUGGUAUGCUUAUAUACUUAUGUUUAGAUCUCUACCCUCCCAACAUUCUUCUAAUCUUCAUCUCCAUGUGUAUUGCAACCCACAGAAAUUCAGAAUCUUAACAUAUUCAUUAUUCAAUCUUACUGUUACUGAGACAUGGUCAGAAUCUUUCUGUUAUUUGGGACCAGUAUAUGAGCAUCAAACCACCAUGAAAGCUAAUAUUUUAAUGGCCAGCCUGCUCAAAUGAAAAUCACAUCCAUAGGGAAGUGGGACAGGAGAAGGAGUUACAUUUUUAUUGAUAAUGACAGUCCUUGCCUUUUUUUUUCUGGCUUGAAACUUGGUAUAAAUAAUUACGUUGGCCAGGAUCCAAAGAAUUGCACAACUAGUUCUGUGCGCUCAGUGGGGGCUUGGACUUGAAUUUCUUGAAUGGCUGCCUCCCCCGCUACCUCCCAUGCCACAGAACGGGCCACAUUUGGAAUCGAGGGGACUUUCCAAAGCCCCAUGUGACCUGGAAUUGAGGACUGCAGAUCCUAGAAAAAGACAGUAUUACUUGGCAAAUCAAAGCCUAUAGGGAGUUCUCCCCUUGCUCAGCUUUUGGCUUCUCGGGCCAUCGUUGUUACAACGGGGUAGUAUAGGUCCCUUCCUCCAGAUUGAAAGAAGUCUUCAGGUAUCUUGUAGUUGAAUAUAAAAGUGCCAUCUUGCCUGCAUUAUUCAGAGAGUUUGUUCUCCUUGAUGUGACUGCAGCUUGCCUUCAGGUAAGAGGCCUCUCUGGAUAUGGCAUGGUAGAAUAGGGAUUGUGGGCCAACAGACUUGCCACCCUUACCUAAGGUAAGAGCCUGGGAGAGGGAAAGUUUGUUUUGGUGGUGGUCCUCCGAGCAAGAGACAGGGAGAAGUGUUAUAGUGACACUACAGUCUUCUGUUCGACAAUGUGGGAUGUGCUUAGUAAAGGUAAAGGGACCCCUGACCAUUAGGUCCAGUCAUGGCCAACUGGGGUUGCGGCGCUCAUCUCGCUUUAUUGGCCGAGGGAGCCGGCGUACAGCUUCCGGGUCAUGUGGCCAGCAUGACUAAGCCGCUUCUGGCGAACCAGAGCAGCACACGGAAACGUUGUUUACCUUCCCGCCAGAGUGGUACCUAUUUAUCUACUUGCACUUUGACGUGCUUUCGAACUGCUAGGUUGGCAGGAGCAGGGACCAAGCAACGGGAGCUCACCCCGUUGCGGUGAUUCAAAUCACCGACCUUCUGAUCAGCAAGUCCUAGGCUCUGCUUACUUUUGGCUUAUUAUCUGUGGCCCUAAUCUCCCAGCUGUAUAUUGUGAUAUUGAGCGAUGGUGCUAGGUUGGGUGAGUAGCAGAGAGUUACGAAGAUAUGGUGUGCCAGUUUCACUGGCGUUGCGCAGAUUCUAGGUGUUUUCUACUGCCAAUUGGAUUCAGUCAAAUGUUAUGGUGAAACAGAGCUGAGUGCUGCCCAUGUUCUAAUGGCACCUUGCCCCAAAUAAAUAGCAUUGAGGGUAAAAUAGUGCCUCCAGCGGGCCGUAGCAUAAUUGUCAGGAGGCCAAAAAGCACUUUCCCAAUGCCACUCUCUGGGCUUCGUCCUGUUGGUGGGAACAGCACAGAACCCCAAACCUCAUUUCAUGGUGCCAGUCUAGGAUGAUGAUGAUGAUAAUAAAUAAAAAAAAUAAAAUAAAAAUAAAAUAAAAAAAAUUCAUUUAUAUCCCGCCCUCCCCAGCCGAAGCUGGGCUCAGAGUGGCUAACAACCGCAUACCAUUCACAGCAUUGGGUGGAGAUAUAAGAAUUUGGCUUUUAGAGAAUUUUUUUUUUUUUUAAAUGGAGAAUACAGAUUGAGCUAAUUUUGUUUGUGCUUUUGCCUAAAUAUUUCUUUUUGGUCUCUCCCCACCCUCAUAGCAACAGCAAAUAUGAGGGAGUUUUGUUUGCCACAUAGAUAUCCAGCCUUUCUUUUGAGGAGCUCAGAGUAGUGCACAUGGUUAUCCCAGUUUAUCCCCACAGCAACCCUGAGGUUGGACUGAGAGAAAGUGAUUGGCCUAAGGUCACCCAGAUUGCCCCAUGUCUGAAAAGGCAUUUAAAACGGCUUCUCCCUGGUCCAGGAUGAUAGGCAUUUGUCUACUUACUAAGGAGGAAGACUGUCCCUGUAGGUGGCCAACACUGAGGAAAUUUUACAGUGCAAUGAGGCAUUUUCAGCUUACCAGAAGCAUUUGAUAAGUGCAAACCAUUGUUCCAACAUUUGAGAGAAGCUGAAGAAGAAGAAGAAAAGAAAAAGGAAGAACAAAAGGAAGUUAUGCCACAGAGAAGUCAUCAGACAUUGCAGACUCAAACUUAAGAGGACUGAGGAGCCAUCCAAUAUUUUGGAAAGGGGGUGGGUUCUUCCCCCUUCCCCCUUCCCCCUUUACCACUUCCUCCUGUAAUUCUGAUCUGGCUUGAGCUAAAUAUACGAACACUCUUGCAUUGUCUUAAACGGCUUUUUAUUAUUGUAUUGUACUUAUGUGCCACAAAUGGUUUAUGGUGAUAUGUAUGGGCGUUCGAGCUAGUAGAAAUUGCUGAUGGCUAGUCAUUUUUGUGAACUUGUAAUGGGUUGCAGAAACAGGAAUGAGUGGGGAGUGGGUGUAAUAAUUUAUAGUUGCAGUACAUUGGUGUUGUUGUCCAGCUUGGCAGGCCCAUCAUGGCAAACUAAGAUGCUGCGUGGACUGUUCUGGCAUGUUUGAUCACAGUGGGAAUAUGCUCAGAGACUUCAGUGUACUGCUGAUGGACUUACAGUGUCGAAAAGGCAAGUCUUCUUUUUCCAAGUCUAGCUUUGAAUCUGAUUGGCAGUGGAAAUCGCUGAGCCAGGAGGGUAUAACUUGGACUCUUUAUUCACGAAUCAGAUUCCAUAAUAAUGCACACUACACACUGGACACCUCAUCUGGGUCUGUCAUAACCACGCUAUCCCGAUUGCCACAAAGACAAGUGACUUUGUCCUCAGAGUGCCUUGCAGGCUUCUGAGAGAGAGGUCCAACAUUACUCUUGGCUGGGGUGGAUGUUAGAAAAAUCCUGUACCAUUCAGAAAAACUGCUUGGUGGCUAUUUGGGGAUGGAAUGGAGGCAAAAAACUACAAUUUCUUGUCAUCUUUCUUAUGAGUUUGAUUCAGUCUGUGUUCCAGAUGUCCUCUGGCUUGUUUCAUUAUCCACAGCUCUCCAGAAAACCAAAGAGCAAUACUGUGUUAGAGAGGGCACUCAGGAGCAAACAUGUUCACAGCACAAUAUAUCUUUCCAAUCUCUUGAUUCCAAAAUUAUAUUUUGCUGUCAUUUUUGGUUUCAGGCUUUCUGUUCUCCCAGGCAUUUUAAAACUAGCAAUGUUCAAAAUUUUUAGUUCUUUUAAGCUGCCGUGAAUUCUUAUUGGUUGGUGUUUUAGUCCUGUACUGCAGUUUUGUCAUUUAUUUAUUUAUCUAAUUAAUCUGUAUGAUGCCCGGCAUCCAAAGAUCUCAGGGCGGUUCACAGCAUGUUUGUUAAUUGUCAUAUUUGUAUUUUGGGAGCACAGCCGUGGGAUAUGAUUUUUAGAAACAAUACUAAUAAAUAAUAACAUUUUGGCGAGGUGAUAAAGCUUCUGGCUUGAAAGGCUAUGCAAGAUAAAGGGAGGCAGUCUUGUUUUGUGUUAGUAAAUGUGCUUGUUGCAAGGGGGGGGGGGACUGUCAGAGGGUCAGAAAUAGUACCUGGCCUCCUUUUCCUCAGCAUUCGUUUUAUGUAGUUUUUCUUCACUUACAGGAAGUGGCAGGUGUGUGAGUGCCUUUCCAGGUGGCAUGGCAUAUUCUGUAUUUCAGCUGUGCAUCUAAAAAUGUAACAAGGGAAGGUUGCAAGUGCCUGUUUACCAGUGUGUAUAUCAUGAAGCUGAAUAACCAGGGAACAAUUUGUUUUAGAAAGUUGGGUUAACAAGUGGUAACUUCCAUGGCCUCAUCAUUUAUUUCAUGUAUUGCACAUAUUUUUCACUUUAGAGCAGGGGUUGUCAACCUGGUCCAUUAGUGGUGGGCGGUAGGGGAUUCUAUGGCACAAGCUGAAUCCUCCUUCCAUCGAGCACUGGUGGGCGGUAAGGAAACUUUACCAUCAAGAAAAAUGCAUUAGUGGGCUGUAGGUAUAAAACCUACACACGGGUGUAGGACUUGCCGAUCAGAAGGUCGGCUGUUCGAAUCCCCGCGACAGGGUGAGCUCCCGUUGCUCGGUCCCUGCUCCUGCCAACCUAGCAGUUUGAAAGCACGUCAAAGUGCAAGUAGAUAAAUAGGUACUGCUCCGGCGGGAAGGUAAACGGCAUUUCCGUGCGCUGCUCUGGUUUGCCAGAAGUGGCUUAGUCAUGCUGGCCACAUGACCCGGAAGCUGUCUGCGGACAAACGCCGGCUCCCUUGGCCUAUAGAGUGAGAUGAGCACACAACCCCAGAGUCGGUCACGACUGGACCUAAUGGUCAGGGGUAACUUUACCUUUACCUUUUAAGUAUAAAAAGGUUGACUACCCCUGCUUUAGAGUGUUCAAAGUGCUUCACAUAUGAAGUAUUGGUACAUAAGUAUUGACAAGUUGUUCAGUAUCCAAUCUGCUGGUUUUUCAAUGCUCGCUUUCCUCCCCGUUAGCAGAGACCAGCUAGGCAUAGUAUGCAAAACUCUAUGGCAACACUAUCUGAGGUUUGUAGGUUCUCCAGUGUGGUCCAUAGCAACAGUCGCCACACCACACACAAAUUGCUGAGCCAUCUUCAGCCUGACAAAGCAGUGCCCCAAGCGAAGCAAAGGGGCUGGCUUACCCGUGACUGCUGUUGUGAGUCACAGCAUCAGCCCCUCUCCAUUCCAUUUAAAUUAGCAGCUCAGUGCCCCCAGCUCCCAGCCCCUCUAGACGGUCCAGAAGGAUGUUAUGGCCGAUGAUGUCAAAUGCCUCUGAGAUAUCCAGCAGAACUAGGAAACAGCUCUCACCUUUGUCCCUAGCCUGCCGGAGAUCAUUGACCAGCGCGACCAAGGCAGUUUCAGUCCCAUGAAGAGGCCUGAAUCCUGACUGGAAGGGAUCCAAAUGGUCCGCUUCUUCCAGGCGUGCCUGGAGUUGUUCAGCAACCACUCGCUCAAUCACCUUGCCCAAGAAUGGAAGAUUUGAGAACAGGCAAUAGUUGGCCAUAUUGGCCGCGUCUAAAGAUGGUUUUUUAAGAAGCAGUUUGAUAAUUCAUUUUCCCAGACUGUGUACUGCAUUGCGGUGCUUCUGAUAGCCACAGAAGCAUAUUUUUCUUCCUUCUGCUCUUCCCCUAAUAAAAAGUAUUAAUCAGUAUUGCAAUUGUUGCUUGUUCCAUUUCAGCAUUUAUCCUCUGGUUUGCCAGUCAUUCUUCUCAGAAGUUCCUGAGAAAUGGCCGUAUUUAUAAGAAACUUAUUUUAAAAAAAAGAGAGAGAGAGAGAAAUGGCCGUUGUGGAGGCUGCUAGGUAUCAAAUGGGCUGAGCUAAAGCUGCUUUUAUUUAUUUAUUUAUUUAUUUAUUUCUCUGCAGAACUACCCUGCUUCGUGUUUACUUUCCGUUCUUCUAAAAUAAAUCUUUGUUUUGUCACUUGGCUUGAGUUGCAUGGCUCAUCGACGAUGCUGAUGUUGUAUAACUGUGGGUGAUCUUACGUACAAAAGUUGUCGCAAGCCAUAGAGAUGGAAGUGGCUGUAGACUGCCAAAUAUUUCGGAAAUGAAUGUAUAUCCCCACACCCCUGAAAAAUAAUCGGCUUACUUGGGAUAAAUAAGGGGGAAAUACGAAGGAAAACACCAUGAAUGUUGGGUACAGAACUGGUAACCAUCAGUUCACAAGUAUGUUUCUCAGAGUCUUAAGAGAGACCUACCUCGCUGUUGUUGGUUCUUAGCAAGUCAUAGUAUCAUAGGACUGUAAAGUUGGAAAGGGACCCUGAGACUCUUCUAGUCUGCAAUGCAGGAAUCUCAACUAAAGCAUCAAUGACAGAGGGACACCAAACGUUUGCUUCAAAACCUCCAAGGCAGGAAAGUUCACAGCUUUCCGAGGGAGUCCGUUCCAAUGUUAAACAUGGAAAAAGAUGUAUCUCUUAGAGGCCUUUCUGAUGAUGAUCCUUUAGCCUAGCGCUGACCUUGUAUGUGUAGAUAUGAGAACCAAUUUUGUCGUCUUGGUAAUGAACGGUGGGCCAUACAUUGCAAAUAAAAUGAAAAUAAGUAGCCAGUUAUGGCUGAGUAAAACACUUGUUUUCACAACUUUGUUUCUUUUUAAGAUGUUGUUCUUGUAACAUAUUUUGGGGGAAAUGAUGAAUGGAGGUGUUUGAGAUAUUGCCGCAAGUGGCCUAUAGGAAGUACUGUAAAAUAUGAGAAUUGUUGUGACAGAAUUCAAACGUCUAUAAUUAAAAUGAAGGACCAUUCCUGACCAAUUUGGGUAAUUCUUUUUUAACGGUGAGGCUAUAAAUUGGCAUUAAUUCAGACUAAAGAACUAGGCUUUUAAAGUCUCCACUGUGUCUGCUUCAUUCUAAUGGAAAGAAUCAAUUUGAUAACUAAUUAAAAACGUUUUCUCUCUCUUAUGCUUGCUUUAAAAUGGAGCUGGGGAAGAAAACUACUUUAGUGCUCACAUCUUAAAUUCAACAAAUUUGUGACACGCAUGGACAGUACCUGAGAUUUGGUUAAAUGUGUUGCAUUUUAAGCAAUUACUGAAUAGAACAAGCACUAAGUAUGUCUCCGGGAAGUUUUUUAUUCAGAGCUAAUAGGAACAAAAAGGGAUUUUUUUAUUUCUUAGGGGGUGGUAUAUCUGGAAAUUAUUUUUGAGAACGGGGUGAACAGAGAAAACAUUUGGGAAUGGCAGCCUUAACGUUUUGAUCUUACAACUGCGUACUUUGAAGUCAGUUCUAUUUGAUUCCAGUGGCACUUGCUCCAAAGAAAGGUGUAGCCUAAUAUGCCUCAAACUGGAUUCAUAAAUUUUAUGACCCAGUCCUAAAUAUGUAAACUGAGACUUAUGUCUGAGGUUCAUGUGCACAGGACUCUGGCCCUAGAACUUCAACCACACACUACAUUUUAGUCAUAGAACAGAAAAAGUGUAUGGCAAAAGAUGUAGAGAGUCAAUGUGACAUGUUUUCAAACAAUUAUAUAAUAUAGGGUACUCAUCAAGGAAGGCAGGAUUGGAUGAUCUGGUGACAGACUUGUGCUUUGUUCUUCAUAAUAUGUGAAAUAGCUCUUGCUGUCACUGAACUUGGUUCUGCUUAAAACCAAAUAAUUUGGAUUAAAAUAGUUCAUCAUUUGGACUGUAGCUUCUUUGUUUGGGUGUGAAAUAUUAUCUGGAGUAGCCUUGCAGUUGCUUUUUAUCAAGAAAUUAAAGAUUUAUUAUAAAAUGUAAUAAUAAUAAUAAUAAUAAUAAUAAUAAUAAUAAUAAUAAUAAUAUAUUACUUAUACCCCACCCAUCUGGCUGGGCCUCCCCAGCCCCUCUGGGCGGCUUCCAACAGGAUAUUAAAAACACAAGAAAACAUCAAACAUUAAAAACUUCCCUAAACAGGGCUGCCUUCAAAUGUCUUCUAAAAGUCAGAUGGAAAUGCCUACGGGUGGCAUGCCUACGGAUUUUCCUACUCUAAAAACUACGUGCGUGUUAUGGUCGGGUGCGUGUUAUAGAGCGAAAAAUACAUUUGAUGGGAGGGCGUUCCACAGGGCAGGUGCCACUACCGAGAAGGCCCUCUGCCUGGUUCCCUGUAACCUCACUUCUCACAGUGAGGGAACCUCUAGAAGGCCCUUGGCGCUGGACCUCAGUGUCCAGGCUGAAUGAUGGGGGUGGAGACCCUCCUUUCCUUUCUAAAGCACAUUGCAAUCCUUUUGCGAUGGGGUGGGGGGCAGCAGGAACCAGCGAAGUGAAGAGCUUAACUUUGGGGAUGCAUGUAGCAAAUUCAGGUUCAGUUUUCCUUCUGACCUUGAAGUUCACUGGAUGCCUCUGAGCAACCCUUUCUCUGCCCCACUUACCUUACGGGCUUGUGUUGAAAGUGAAAUGAACACCCCAUGUCAGCUGCCCACGCAGUUUAGAAGAAGAGGGAUACAGAUUUGGCGAAUAAAAGUCUGAAAAAUGAACAGUGAUGGUUAUCUGAGCAACUUCUAGUGAGUUAGUUGAGUGCAUUAGAUCUGUUUGGUAAUUUGCUGCAGGAAUCUGCAUGUGCUUAAUGUUGGUAGCAAUUAAUAAAUUCCUUGCUAUGUUAUGUAAGGGGGGAUUUGUGUGUGUGUAUAUGUGCAUAUAUUGUGUGUGUAGUGCUCUCCCUCUCUCCUGUUCCUAAUUUCUGGACAUAAAAUGCAUCAGCAUCAUUCAGGCUGGUUAUGUUUGACCUUAUCCUAACCUUAAGUCAGCCAGCCUGUCCCAUCAGUGACUCUUUGCCUUGAUCCUAUUUUACUUGUAACUCUCCACUUGCUCUUUGUUUCGCUUGGAGCCCAUCCUAAAUUUGGAAACCUUAUGCCUGCGAUUGGCUUGGCUGUUAACCCUUCUUCCCAUUGUGGUUAUGGAGAUUACAGUGAUCAAGAUUGUUUCCAAGUACUUCAUGGGCAAAAUCACCCCCCUUCCUCAAAAUGUAACAAGUGAUAUUUUGAGCACCAGAAGAUGCCAACUUCUGUGAUGUUCAGUGCUCUUCAAAAGGCAAAAUGUCAAGGCUGCAAAUUUCAUCAUAGAUAUUGUAUCUUACGCUGGAAUUUAAUUUAAUGUCUCUUAGGGAGUGAAAGUUGCAUGAAUAACAGGGUACUAAUGCAUAUAGCAAUCUGCAGCUGCAUAGAGAACAAGAGUUGUUAAUAGGGGCAUAUGUUUUAAGUUUGGGACUAUGGCAUCAUCAGCCACAGCGAGCAUUAUAGAAAGAUACAGAACUGCAGUGAUGGGAGCCUCUGGGGUUGCAAGAUAGGCUUGGAGCAUCUUGGCAUGUUACUUUUUGAGGAAUAGUGUCCAAUGCAAGCAAGUAUGGGGAGCACAUUCACAAUAACAUUUUACCCUGCAAAAUUUGAAGUUUUGUGGUGACUUCUCCACUUCAGAAAUCAUAGAAUCAUAGAAUUGUAUAGUUGGGGUUGUAUGGUAAAUUGUCCCUUAUCUUGUGGGGCUAACAUGGGACAAUUUCCUGUGUCAUAUCAUCACUGGUAAGGAAUGCUAGUGAUUUUUAAGCAGUGUAACCUGAAAAUGAGUAUUUUCUCUGUCUCCCUUUUCUGUGGAGCGCCCAUAUAUGAAGAAGCAACUGUCAGUUGCUUCAGAUGUCUUGCGAAGAAUUAUCUUUUUAACAAGGCUUUACGUGUUUUACACAUUUGAAUCCUGUGAAUUUCUGUUUCUCCCCACUUCCAUAUGCUUUUAUGUGUGUUUAUACUUUUAUUGGUUUUAGGUUGUCUGUGUUUUUUUGUUUCUCAUGUUUUAAUGAUAUACUAUUGGGGGGUUUUUUAGACUGUACACAGCUUUGAGUCUUUUGAAAUAUUAAGUGGCUUAUAAAUGCUUAUAAGUAAAUAGAAUAGAAAAGCACCAGCAAUGCUAUUUGAGGAGGAUUACCACAGUCAAACCUCCUUCUGAAGUAGAUUCUUAUCUUUGAAAUUUAAUGUUUUGUAUCAUAUCCUUAUAUGGCGAUAGCAGCCAAUCCUUUACAAGAAGUUUCAAACACUUUAAAUUUAACAUCAUGUUGAAUUCAUGUUCUAUAAUAUUUUCUAUAGGACUGUUUGAAGUGGGUAGCGGGUCCUGUAAUUCUUAAAGUUAUGAAUGUAAUUUUAUAACAUCAAGGUGUGUAUGCCAGUUUAUAUCCUCCUCUUAAUUCAGUCCAGGAAGAGCUUUGUUUUGACAUACAAUAUGAUAUUUUUGCCGUAUAUGACUACCUCUCCAUCAGUGUUCCAAUGCAGCUGAACCAUGUAUCAGCUUUGAAACAGUUUUCAAAGAAGAAUUGCUCACUAUGUUGAAAUUAAAGACAAAUUUUAAAUCCAUUAGUUAAAUGACCAGUAAAUUUGGAUUGCACUCUUAAGCAUUUAAGUAAUUGAAAUAAGUAUUGCAGCAUCACUAUCUUUAUUACAGUACAGGCCUAAGCAUGUUUGCUUAGAAGUAAGUUCCACUGAGUUAAUUUACUACCCAGUAUGCUUGCUGAGAAUCAUGGCCUAAAUGAUUUAGUACAAUCUGGAUUAAAUUAGUUGUUAGUGCAUCCCAGUACUCCGUUGCAGGCAUCUGACGCCCUUUUCCCAUGGCCUGGAAUAUGCAUAUUCUAGUUGUGAAAUUUUUUUCAACUAGUAGUUUUUAGACUCUGUUCUGGGGAAUCCAGGGGUUCUUCAGUGAAAAUAUACCGUAUUUUUUGCUCUAUAAAACUCACUUUUUCCCUCCUAAAAAGUAAGGGGAAAUGUGUGUGCAUCUCAUGGAGCGAAUGCAGGCUGCACAGCUAUCCCAGAAGCCAGAACAGCAAGAGGGAUCGCUGCGCAGCAAUACCUCUUGUUGUUCUGCCUUCUGAGAUUCAGAAUAUUUUUUUUCUUGUUUUCCUCCUCCAAAAACUAGGUGCGUCUUAUGGUCUGGUGCGUCUUAUAGAGCGAAAAAUACGGUAUCUUGGUAAGCUUCCUUGUUUGCUGCUGUUGAUCUUGGCAAGAAUGCUAAAGCUGCGUUUCAGUUCACGCAGGGCAAUGGUGAACUCCAGGAGUCCCAGGCAGUGGGCGAAUCUGCCUGCACUGGAAUAUGCCCCAUAAUUCUUGGCAAGGUAGAGAAGUUUCAUUGCUGACACUGAAGGUAUCCUGAGCGGAAAAGGUGACACGGAAAGCUUGAAAGCUUGAAAAAUGCAUCACUCUAGGAGAGCUGCUGAACCCUGAAGGCUCUGCAUUGAUUUCAUAUGUCCUAGACAUGUACUGUAUUUUACUAGAUGUUACUACACUUUCUAACUGGAGGCAUUUGUGUUUCCCUCUAGCCCUGCCAAUUUCACUUUGGGAGAAUUGCUAAUUCCUCUCUGAAGUCUUAGCAUUGGUGACAGUUUUUUGUUUUUUUUUUUAAAGUGCCACUUGAUAUGCAUUUUCCAGAGCAGCAGGUGUUUGUUUUCCAUUUUUGAGUAUGCUGAAGAUCUGUGCUGAUUCAGUGUUUCGUUUUAGGCUUAAUGAAGGCAAGAAUAUGACAGAGAAAUGGGCAAAAAGUGUUUGUUUGCUGACUGUGUCAUAUUUAUAUGUUGGAAUAAAAACAUCAGAUUCUGGGGAUGGCAGGGGGCGCUAAAGUUUUUAUAGUUAACGCUUGUGAUUUGUUGUACUCGAGGAGCAGAAUCCAGGAAAAGUUCGGCACUUCCAAAUCCCACAGAUUUCAGUGGGAUUCAUUUAAGCAUUUAUACAUCGAGACCAGUGUGACUUAAAAGUGGUUAACUUUGCCUGGUUCAUACCCUUUGUGACUUAAUUACUAAGGGCAAUUUUGAUUUUUGCUGAGAAAGCUGCAGUGUAUGCAUAUUGUAUCAUGAUUAGAGAGAAAAACAAAAUGAUAUUUGUUACCAAUUAAACCUGGCUGUGGUUCAGUUUUCUUUCCUUCCUUUUUCUAAAGAUUCUGGUAAGCAUAUUCCAGAAAAUCCAGUAUAUUAAGGAUGCAAUCUUAUGCACACUUACAUGGGAGCCAACUCUAUUGACCACAGUAGAAUUUUAUUGUCAAUUACCAGUCUUGAAGAUUUCAGAAUUAUCCCAGCAAAGAGUUAGGGGGAAGGUCAUUCACUGGCCAAAUAUCUUCCUUUAUAACUACUUUUGCAUGGAACACAUGCUUGUUGAAAAUUAUUCCCAUUGCAGCUUUCUUUCUGUCAUUCUUUUUUUAAAUCAAGCCCUCAUGGUUGCAGAGAUAUCCCCAAAGAUAUACUAUGCAUUGUUGGCAUAUUCUAAAUGCUUAGGGCUUGAAGAGAAAGUAAUAUGAAUCCUCCAUCUAAUAUUUUUCAAAUAUUUGUUUCUAUAAUGUUUCCCUGAGUUUCAAGUAGACCAUCUGUAGCAUUUCUACAUUACACUUACCGUAUUUUUCGCACCAUUGGACACACCGGACCAUAGGACGCACCGGACCGUAGGACGGGGAGAACAGGGAAUUUUUUUUUUCUUGUUCUCCCCCUCUAAAACAAGGUGUGUUCAAGGUACAUUCACCAGAGCUUGUGGGGCUGGCGGUGGGGGGAAGCACUGCUUUCCCCCCACCGCCAGCCUCAAAGAUCCCUGAAGCCUUUGGAGCGCAGCGCCCCGCUGCCCUGCAGAGGUUUGCGCGCAGCCGUCCCCAAGCUAGAACAGCGAGACGGAGCCCUCCGUCUCGCUGUUCUGGCUUGGGAACAGCCUUGCUAGCUUCUGCAGGACAGCGGGGUGAAGGCACCCCGCUGCUCUGGAGAGGCUGUGCGCGCAGCCGUCCCCAAGCUAGAGCAGUGAGACAGAGCGCUCCGUCUCGCUGUUCUGGCUUGGGAACAGCCUUGCUAGCUUCUGCAGGACAGCGGGGUGAAGGCACCCCGCUGCCCUGGAGAGGCUGUGCGCACAGCCAUCCCCAAGCUAGAACAGCGAGACGGAGUGCUAUGCAGCACACACAUUUCCCCUUAAUUUUUGGAGGGGAAAAUGUGCGUCCUAUAGAACGAAAAAUACGGUACUCAAUAGAUGUUAUAGUAAAACAUCCCAUUAUCAGUGAAUUUGCUUCAUUUGCAAUCAUUCAGCAUGUUGAGCUUGGUAUGUUAAUUGCAUGUCAUGAGGUGAGGGGGGAACGUGAUGCUCGUGCCGAGUAUGUUGCUUACCCCUAAAUUAGUGGAAAAUGCUUAAGGCUUCUGUUCAAACAUUUCAACUUUAUCCGAAUAUCUGCAAGGAACAUAGCUAAUGUUUCUGUAUAGUCUGUGAAACUGAUGGACCUGAUGGCUUUUUUUUUGCUGACAAGUGAAGGCUAAUACAAAUUUGAAACCUCCCUUUACCAAUGCAUGGCUACCAGUUUCAGAAUAUUGACUCAGAAUGGAAUGAUUAAUGGCACUUUUCUUCCUAAUUGUUACCAAUGAUCAGCCUCUGAUCAGUGGAUGAGCUAAUGUCCUGGAGAUUUUUUGUUAGCUAAGGCAGGUGUUGAAUUUUGAUGAGUAUUUUUGACGAGUAGAAUGGGCUAGAUGUCAUUAGCUAAGUUACUUUCAAGGCUGGGGUGUAUGUCUAGGUGUGAAUGGAGAAGAUUUAUGGUUAAAUGAUGUGGGUGCUGCCAGAAUUUAGAAGCAGGUGGGUAGGAUUUAGGAGAAAGGCAUACAGUGGUACCUCAGUUUCGAACAUCUCCGUUGACGAACGUGUCAGUUUUCGAACGCCAUAAACCCAUAUUUUUCUGUGUAUAACAUGUCUCCAUGUAUAAGACGAUCCCUAUUUUUGGGGACUCAAAUUUAAGAAAAUGGGAGAAGUAUAGUAAAUGCUUCGGUUUUCAAACACGCCUCGGAAGUUGAACAUGACACACGGCUUCCGUAUUGAGUUUUCGGUUUUCAAACGUUUCAGAACUUGAAUGGUCUUCUGGAACAGAUUACGUUUGAAAACCGAGGUACCACUGUAUUUAGUCAUUCAAGCACAAAAUAAGAAUCACAUGCCAAGAAAACCUGAAUUAUGUGACAUGUAUACAUUAUGCAAAUUAAGAAAAAUUGGGACUCAUCCACACUGGAGUUUAUUGUGGAUUUGAAACUGCUUAUUUAUUUCCCCCUGUGUUCACGCAAGGUCCUCAUUCAAGUGUCAACCCAUACUUCUGCUAAAUUCAGAUUUUCCCAAUCCGUGGAUAAUCCAGUAAGGGGAGAAAACCCAGUAUAAAAUUUCAAUUUGCCCCCUUGAAAGAAAAAUGAGGAGCAGCAUUAAACAGCCAAAGAAAGAAGCAAUGCCUCUGGAAGGUACUGGAGGAUGAUAUGGAUAAUAAUAAGAACACCCAACACGUUCUGAUUAAGACCUUAUUCAGCAAUGUGGCAGCAUAGUUUCCCUCGAAAGUUUGCCUUGUAAAUGAGUCCACCAAACAUACUAGCCUGCAAAGUUUUUUCACUAGCCUCCUGAUAGUUAGCAGAGGAAGGAUGGAGAGCCCUGUUGUUCCUGCAGCAGCCCACUCCCCUUCUAUGCUGUGGAAUGGGCAGGGGGAAGCUUGCACAUCGCUUGGUUUUUAUGCUGAGCACAGAGGUGGGAGGAAGCAUUCCAGCCCACUCACUUGCCUGCAUGAUGAAAAUCCUUGUUGCCCACCUGGCUACCAGGAAGCUGCCUAAAUACAUUUAUUUAUAAUCUGCCCUUCACUUGAAAGUCCAGGGCUGAAAUAUACACAAAAAUUAAACCAUAAUUUAAGCAAUAAGAUUGAAACAGUCUGGAACAAAAUGCAGACUUCAGUUACAGAAAAGCUGGGAACGUCCCUUUCUGGGUCAUCACCCUGUGAUAUUCUGUAGUGCCAUAACUAAAAUUUCCCAGACCACCUGAGUGAUCUUCUAGGUCUAUACAGUGCUAAGCAGCACUUUGGGCAACCCAGCCCCAUGGGGACCUGGCUAGCCAGUGUGGAAAGUAACAAGCUGGACUAGGUCUUUGGUUUUACCUAGCAGGGCUUUUAUGUUCUUCUACAUCAAGAAUAUGGAGGUGUUCCACAGGCUUCUUCAAAAAGCUGAGUUUUAAAGGGGCUUGAAAGAGGUAAAGGAGGUGGCUGCACGAAGGCAUUCUGGGAGGCAGUUUUAGAUCUAAAAGCAGCAAGGACAAAAGAUCGGGAGUCAUUUGAGGGGGAAAGAGACUUUUGAGUGGCUGAAGGUCAUGGGGAGAAGAGGCAGGUGGGUUUAAAGGUAAGGAUGAGAUGCUUGUUCAGGAUUUUUGAGUGGACCGAAGAGUAGUGUAGGGAUUUAAAGAGGGGCAUCACAUGGUCAGAGCCACAAGAAAGAUGAAUAAGAAUACCAAGUUAGACAACUUAUCCUGAGCUUGGUUGCAUCUAGAAAGUAAUGUUAGACUUUUAAAAUUUGGGCAACUUCCUGUAGUCAGAGAUAAAGGAGAGGCUCUCUGCUUUUUUAGUUGGGUGGUGUUCUUUCUGUGACUUUUGAUGGAUAUUGCUAUUGGCUGUGCUGAUUAUUGUAGAGACUCUCCAGGCCCCAUGGAAGAUAGCAUAAAACUACCCUGUAUUGCAUUAUCUUUGUCCUCCAUCUAACCCUGAACUGGCAGUUUGGGCUGAUGGAAGCUCUCCAGAGACUUCCACCUUCCUUUAGUGCCUGAGAUCCUUUGGUUGGGCACACGGAAGGAUGAGCCCUGAUCCUUUAAGUGCAAGGGAGCAUUUAAGCAAGACGGAGAAGCAGGGAGAACUCCCUUUAAUACGUUAGGUUAAAAAUGCUUUUAAAAAGUGAAAUUGGAGAGCCUCGUGAUAUAUUCUUUGUCAGAUAUCUUGUUUCUCCCUUCGAUGUAGAUAACACUUGUCAACAGCACAAACCAUCCUUCUUCUCAGCCACGCUGAGCGUGUUUGUGCAUGCAUACUUAGACACUGGUUUAUUACUCUGCACUUGAUUAUUUGUGGCUGAAUGUGUGAACUGGCUCCAUAGAAAUUUUGCCUCGUUUUCUGAGGUGAUGUGCAAAUUCUGUCUGUUAAAUAGGGCUAGUUCAGACAUGCAUGCUCAUCACUUGCUCCAAUUAUUAUGUGUGAACGGAGUGUGACGUAUUUCUUUAGAUGAGUUUCAGUGAAUGAAUGCUUCACUAACUGUGUUGGAUUUGUUACAUCCUAGUUCUGCCCAAAAGAACUGAGAACAGGUGUGAAUUUUGUUUUCAGCCCUUUCCCUACUGUAGCUGUUACAGCAGGUUAAGAGUGUAGAUAUGUGUGGUUAAGCAGGGAACGGCAGCUUUAUUUGCCUCGUCCUUUUUAUUUUUCUUUUGGGAUGUAAUUCAGCACUGCGCCGUCUGUUACAGAUGCACUGGAGGCCAGUUAUGGUUUUUAUAACCACUUUUGUGACUAAAUCUGUUAUGGGAAAUUAAUUUAGAAGUUAGACAAUUUGUGUUCCCUUUUCUGACGGAAACCUCUGUUUAAUUGGUUGGUGGCUUUUAAGGCUGCCCUAAUAGAGAUUGAAUUUAAUAGUAGGUUUUUCCCUUCUGCUGUUGUUUUCACAAGUGAGUUACAGGGGAGAAGCUCAAUGGCUUUUCUAGACAAGUAACUACAUAAGUAUGAAAACUCGCACAGUGUCCUAAACAGAAUGCUAGACUUGGACCGGGGAGACCUGCAUUCAGAUCUUCUGAAACACUCUAGGGAACUUCUGAGACAUUCAUUGUAUCUCAACCUAGACUACCUCUUGUUAAAACGAGACAGCACCCAUGUACACUUGUGCUUCUUGGAGGAAGAGUGGUAUACAAAUGUGGUAUGUUUUUAAAAAAACCUCUGUCAGAAGCGAGCUAGCAGGAAAUCACACUGUUGCUGCUGCCAGUGCUGGGCCCGGUGGCAGCGUUGGCCUGGAUCUGCAAGGCGUGGGGUGAAAUCCUAGCCGAGUAUGGUCAUCUGGUGCUGUUGACUUGCAUCUAGUCAGUAACUAAGUGCCUACUCAGAAGACAGCCACACUGAGUUCAGUGGGCCUUACUCCCAGGUAAGGGUGUGUGGAGCUACAGUGUUUUAUCUAGGCAGCCAGGGCUCCUCUGGAUGACAAGAUCUUUUUGCACCAGGUCAGUGAGGACCACUUGCUUUUUAAAAUUCUCCCAUAUAUACAAAACUCCCUGUGUGUCUUUUGGACUGUAUCUGUAGAUUUCCCCCUCUGUGUCAAAUAUCUGGGGUCAAAUAAGUGUUGUUUACUUUUUAUAAUACAUGGAGGAUGGAUCUGCCUUGGGAGGUUCUUAACUCUCUAAAUGAAGGGGCUGGGGAUUGGAUUUGGGUCCUUCUACAUGCAAGGCAUGUACAGUGUCAUUGGACCAUGUUCCCCAUUGUGCAGUCUGGUAAUGGAAAUAUUCUUUGGUUAAUUUGAGCUUAACUGUCCUGGGAAAACAAUGCCAGAAUCUCAUUGAAACUCUUUUCACUGAACGGUGUCCCAAGUUGCAUCUUCAUUGAUCCCGCAUGUGGAAUGGCUUCCUGUUUCCCAAGGCAAUCCUGACGGGCACUUUCUUCCCUCCCUUUCAGGCAUGGUUCUUGUGCGUAGCGAGAAUGGCCAGCUACUGAUGAUCCCUCAACAAGCUUUGGCGCAAAUGCAGGCCCAUGCGCAGUCCCAGCCUCAAACCACCAUGACUCCUCGCCCUGCCACCCCUACCAGUGCUUCUCCGGUCCAGAUCUCGACUGUGCAGGUCAGUUCACUGAGAAACGUAAGUAAAAUAAAAUCUUAAAUUUCCUUACAUUUGAGGGUAUCCAAGCUGCCUGCCUCCAGGUGUUUUCCAUUGACAUGCCCUGCGUUGUAUUCUGCGUGCCUGCAAAGUAUGUCUGCGCUGACUCUAGGUGCCAGGAUUCUCAGUCCACUGAGAGACCCACAUUUACCCACCAGCCUUCCAGUGAAGCUUUUAUUCCCGAAAACAAGCAGCUCCUAGUUAUAUCCUUUGCAAGUGCUUCCCAUCCUAGAGCUUCACCCGCUGUGUUAAAAGCGGUCCAGGUUUCCCUGAAUCUCGAAUUUCAUAGCUGAAGCGAAUGAUCCAAAUGUGGCAAAUUUGCAAGGAUUUGCUUAACAUGCAUACAUAAUAUUGUUUGCAUAGCUCGGUAUCGCAUUCGGCUUUUCAUACUGUGAGCCAGUCGUAAAGGAAAGGGGAAAGAGUGUGUAUCUGGAGACAUGCAUUUCCUGGCUGAUAGUCGUGUCAUGAAAACUCCCAGCGCCUUACGAGUGGAAUUCCUGUCCAGAACUUUGUUUACGGCAAACACUUUCACUAUGUAGAACCCUAAAGACUAGCAAUGUUGCUUUCCUUCUUUAUUUGUUUGCAAAUUAAAUCUGAGGCCUACUGCAGACUUUGUGCUUGGAUAGUGACCCACUUUUCUGUAGUUAGAUGGAGAUCAGUUUGUUAAUUUCAUCCUCCGAAUCACUCCUUUAAAAAAAAUAAUGUGGAAGUUAAUGGUCUGAACAUGAAAUGUGCAUGAAUAUAAUUGGCUACUGUGGUCAGAAGCAAGCAUGAGACUUCAGGACUCCGACUGAGGCCGAUGCUAGAUGCUUCAUGGGUGGUGCAUGCAACUGUGUUAUCAAUGUGCUUUCUUUUGUUUGGUUUUCAAACAAAAAGAAAAGGCCGUAGGAAGUUGCAUUUGGAAGUGGAUGAAUGGUAGAGAGGUGCUUGACCCUCUCCCCUCCACUGUGCUUUUUGCUCAGAAUUGCCCCCUAGGUUAAGGCUACCAGAUUUUUUUCAAUGAAUCUGGGGGCCCUUUAAUUAAUUAAUUAAUUAAUUACUACUCGUUCUGGAUGUUGAUGCUGCAGCGACGGCAGUGACAGAGGGGCAGCCGUCGCCUUGACCUCAACCGCCACGUUUCCCCUUCCUCCGAGGCUUCUAUCUCCUUUCUCCAUGAGCCUGGGCAGCCCCUGAGUUGUUGGUUCUUCGGUGGUGGUGGUGGGGAAGCGGUGCGGGGUGGGUCAGGCAUGGAAGGUGGAGAAGGAGGGCUGAGAGCAGCAGCUGCGGCGGUGGCGAGGCUUGGGCAGUCCGAUGCCUCCCUUCCCAUCGGAGCAGCCCCAUCCCCAUUCCUACUUGCGUGCAAGCAGGAGGGGGCGGGGAUCCCUCAGCGGGGAAGCGAGGCUUCACACUGCCUUUCGGAGCAGCCCCAUCCCAACUCCUACUUGCCAGCGUGAUGCUUCCCUUCCCAUCGGAGCCGCCCCAAUCCCCUUCCUACUUGCAUGCAAGCAGGAGGGGGCAGGGAUCCCUCAGCUGGGAAGGGAGGCUUUCCUUUGCCUAACUGAGAGAUCUCUACCCCCUCCUGUGAAGCCUGCCUUCACAGCUCAGAGAUCCCCGCCCUGCUCCUUCUUGCACGCAAGUAGGAGUUGGGAGGCUGCUCUGAUAGGCAGCAUGAAGCCUCCCUUCACAGCAUCUUCACCGAUCAGAGGUUUAUCUUUUCUCUGUGCUGUAUUCAGUGCUUCUGUAAGAUUUUGUUUUUAUUGUUUUGUAAGCAGCUCUGGGAAUGCUAGCUGUGAUAUAAAUUACAAAAAUAAGCAGCCCUACCUGCUGCCUCCCACAGCUGCCUGUAAAAGAAAACAAAAACCCAUUGGUGAUUCUUAGCUUGGCUCUGAGCUUUAGGAUUUUGUGCCGGGUGCCACAUGGGGUAUUCUGAGGCAAGCUGAAACCCCUGGCCUGAGUUGAGUGUUGCAUGAUUUCUGUUCACCUCUGGUUUUUUAAAAUCCAGAUUAUGUGCUAGCAAACUCACAUUCCUCAAUUAACCUGCUCUUGAUUGUAGAGGUGUGCUUGCCUUAAUUUCCAUUUUUACAAUCCACUCCAUUUGCAGUAUUUAAAAGUCUGGGUGUUUGGCCAUAAUUAAGGAUAUUGGAUAUGUGGCCAUAGUUUAGGGAUGGGUAGAUAGGAACUUGAAGUUGAAGCAAGGAUGGGGAGGUGGGGCUACUUUAAGGAUCUGAAAGUCUGGAUUUGGAUAAUUAAUCAUCUCAUGUUUUCUGAUUCUACCUCAACUAGUUAAUAGCUAUUAGAGCAAUGCUGAUUUAGUCUUAGAGCCGUAACAUUUUUAUGCAAAUUCAGACAAGUGAAUUAUAACCAUGUGAUUUUUUAGUUUAUUUUUUAAAAAUAAUAAAUUAAUACAUUGCAGCUUCAAAUAUUAGGAUUAAUGGAGGAUUUUAUCCAACAGAAAAUCAGCCUUUAUCUCAAGGUUUUUUAUUAGAGGCUUGGAGACCUGACAUAUUGCUUUUGGAAUUUUAAUAAUAAAAUAGCCUAAUUAAUAAUGCCAGUUAUCAAGUUCAGACUUCUCUGCAGUUACAUCCUGUACUCUUUUAAUCUUCACAGUAACUUUUGAUGAAGAUGUAACUUGCCAUAUCAAUGUUGGGAUCAAGAUAGUAAGAGAAGCCCUGUGACUUUUCUGUGAUUCUAGUCCUAUAGCCCACAGAAUCAUGUAGAACAUUGUCCAAAACUGGUUUGAAGUCCAUAUCAUGAUACUGGUUGUGUGUGUGUGUGUGUGUGUGUGUGCAUUCAUACUCGUGUGCUAUGCAGAAAUCACAAUGUGGGGAAAACCAUGAAGCCAGUCAAUGCCUUUACAUAGCUCCAUCCUUAUUUCAGACAUUGUGAUAUAUAUGAUGAUUAGCUGGUGGUAUAGCACAAUGUUGAAAACCAGAUAUCAUCCAGCCCUAGUGGGUUAUAAACCUGUUGGUUUAAAAAAACAAACAAACAGAAAACCAUGAAAAAUCUAGAUUAGAUCCAAAGUUAUGAAGAUGUGCAGUUGAAACAACUCAAAGCUAUAACUAUUCAGGACUAAGUACUGGGUGUGGAUUUGCUUUAAAGGAUGCGGAACUGAAGAAAGUGCUGGGACUUAAAAUUUCAGCCCAGCUUACCUUAGGUUGGAUUCUAGGUUAAACUGGGCAUGUUAUCUAUUUAUAUGUGGCUACUUCUCUGUGAACUUACCUGGGAUUCUUUUUUGCAGGCUCCUGGAACGCCUAUCAUUGCGCGGCAGGUGGCUCCAACCACUAUAAUCAAGCAAGUGUCUCAGGCACAGACAACUGUACAGCCCACGACAACGCUACAGCGGCCCCCUGUAGUUCAGGUAAAGUUGCCAACAUACGUUUGACGGCUAAUCCUAAAACAGAACAUUGGCUGAGACCCAGGGUGCUGUUUGGGUGCCGUUCAUUUAUAUGAGAAUAGAUGAUGGAGAUGUAAAACUAAGUCACACUGGGGCCAGUGGGGCAUUCUCCCAAGUAGGUGAGUGGACUCCAUCAAACACGGUGGAGUUUACGUGUAGCUUGUAAAGGAAGAGUAAGUACAAUAAUAAGUGCAAACAGAAAUUACUGAAUAGUCCAGCCCUUACUGAGGUUUAAAAAGCUGGUGCAUUCAAAUGAUAAAGUGUCUUAAUUCAGAAGAGGUGUGGACUUUCUGCAGGAGCUGCACAACUAUAGCAUCGCUGAAGAUUCUUUACACCUCUGAAAUUAUGUUACAGGUGGCCCAGAUUAGUACUUGUGGAUAGUUAUUGCAGCUACUUUAGACUUUUGGGAGUCAGCGGAUAGGUGGAACCAGCAAAGAGUUUCUCUUUCAGUGACUACGCUUCUAAACAUUUUCCCCUGAUAACAGCUUUUAACUGUGCAAUUUUUUCAGUGUGUUUUGAUUUGCACCGAUUCUUCCUUGGCAUAUGUUGACUGUGUGACUGAUGUGGGAUGCAAACCAUAGUCUCUCCCCCCCCCCCCAAGAUUUUACCCUCAUGCUUGUUCUGUCUGCAUGCACAGUGCCCUUAUAAUAAUUGGGAGUGAUUAUUAAGAAGCAGAAGCAAAAUAGAUUUAUUUUGCUGCACCACAAGGUCUGUAGCCCGUUUCAUAGGUCCUGUGUUCUGCCGCCUUCUACCUUUUGCACCAAAAACACAUGCUUUGUUUAAUCAACUUCCAGUGUCUUGAAUUCUGAAUCCAUAGGGCUUUGUGCCACCUGGUGGUUGUUUCAUUUAACUGCUCAGACGGGUGGCCAGAGCAAAUCUCUCUCUUUUUUGGAGCCUGUUUUAACAUCACUGUAAGGAGGAUAUUGCGUCUGAUAAAAUGCAUCCUCCCUUCAUUUGCAGCUCUGUAUAAUUGUCUGAUAUCUGUGUAUCUUUGCAGCCUCAGAUUGUUCUGGGUAAUCCUGCACAAACGACAGCAUUAGGAACAGCAACUGCUGUGCAGACUGGAACGUCUCAAAGGGCGGUGCAAGCAGCCGCAAUAGCCUCAGCUGCGGCCACAGUAAGCUCCCAAUGACUGUUUGUUGCAAGUCAAAAGCCAAAUCUUGCCAGCUUCCAAGAGAGGAACCCAUUAACUUACCACCAAGUGUUCAGUGUAGGGCAUACUGACUACUUUGCUGGCACAGUAUUGACACUCCAGUUUGUACCUUAUGGGUAUGAAACUGCUAAGUGAGGCAAAUGUGCUGUGAUCGUGUAAAUGUUUGUGGGAAUUAUGGUAAACUUUACUGUGCCACACACAUGCUGUAAAACAAAAUAAGUACAAGUUCUGCACCAAAAUAACCUAAUUUCUGUGUUGGGGACAGCUGGAUUAAAUGAUAUAAGCAAUUUGCUUAUUUUGAUCUUACUUUGCACAAUUUAUUCUACUCCUAGUGGUGAUGGGAGAGGCAAAGAACUGGGCAGGACACUGAAAUCGCUCAGCUUCUCCUUCUAGCUUCUAAGAUUCAACAGGCAUUGCCCCAUAAGCUAUGAAACAUAUUUGUAGUAACAAGGGCCAUAAACUUUCUUUAAGACAAAAACAAGGAAGCCAGGAUCCUUGAGAAUCUGGCAUGUUUCCAUUAUCACAUCAUGUGUUUUUUAUGCAUGGGCACAGAAUAGCCACACCCCUGGCCAAAUACAAUUUGAAUGGCAGUGUUGCCAAUCGAUAGGGUUGAAAGGGAUUCUGUAGUGUUCAGAUUGAAUUCAAAUACAUUUUUUUUUUUUUAAACCCCUCUCCCUUCUCACUUUCUUUUCUAUCUUUCCCUCCAAUAGGAAACCAUGGAAAAUGUGAAGAAAUGCAAGAAUUUUCUCUCCACGCUAAUAAAACUGGCCUCUUCUGGAAAGCAGUCUUCCGAGACUGCCGCUAAUGUGAAAGAACUAGUUCAGCACCUGCUGGUAAGACAGACACCGGUUUAGUUCAGAUCCUCAUCUGAAACAUAGCUUGGCUGACUGAGAAUGAGUCUCUCCCCUCUCCUUUGCCUUUGCAUAUAAGAGAAAGAGAACGAAAGCUUCUGAUUUAAAAUAAACCACAGUUCACAUGUUGUCUAAAACCCAAGGAACAGUGGUUUGUUCUAACUAAAAUCAGUUAAUAAGUCAGGAUCUGAAACCAUAGUUUAAUCAUUUGUUUUUAACAACUUCGCUUGGAACGAACCACUGUUCCUUGAGUUGAGUUGCAGCACAGAACCACAAUUUGUUCUAAAGCAAAACUUCCACUUCCCUCCUUGCAUGUAUGAAGGAGAAGAUGGGGAUGGAGGCCUUGGGAGCAUGAGUCUUGCCAUAUCUCAUCUCCAGUCCACUGGAUUGUCUGAACCAGGCCACAAACAUACGGUUAUGAAACAUAUUUUGAAAAUAAGAGGGUAAAAUGUUGACUUUCAAUACUGUUAGGCGAAACAAAGAUUUGAGAAGCAGUAGACAUAACAAGAUACUUUUCAUGCGUUUACUCCUUUUGCUUAAGAAGAAAAGGGUUAAUCCUUUUAGAAGCAUAGCAUACAAGCACAGAAUUGUAGAGUUGAAAGGGACUGUGAGAGUCAUCUAGUCCAACCCCUUGUGAUGUAAGAAUCUUUUAGCCCAAUGUAGGGCUUAAAGCCAUGACCCUGAGAUUAAGAGUCUCAUACUCUACCGAAACUUGGAUGCUGACGUACUCCCAACUCAUCCUUGACUAUUUGCCAUGCUGGCAGGGUCUGAUCAGAGUUGGGAGUUCAGCAACACCUGAGGACCACAGGUUAGCUACCCUUGUUGUACUACCCAAAGAGCAAAUUCUGAAGUAAUGUACAAGGUGUUAUGGAUGUGACUCAGAACAUCUAUUUUUAGAUAUAAGGCCAAUGAGCAGGGAAAGCUACAGAGAAGCAACCUGCUUCUCCACAGCAACCUGACAUAAUUUUCCAGCGUCUUAUUGCUAUCCAUUCAUUUAAAACGUCAUCUUUUUUUAAGGUGAAUUAAGGAAGUAAUUUCAAAACAUUAAAAAGAUUGACUGCUUAAAAUGAAAAUAUGGGAAUUUUCCUCCCCACCCCAACUUUUUUUUUUAUUACAACAGUCACAUGUGUAUGAAUUAACAAAACUUAGGCAAGAUAUACCCUAACAAGACAGAGUUCAUUCAUGUGAAAUGAAAACCAUAGAAGGCUUCAGUCAUAUGGAUGUUCUCAUUGCUCUCCAGUACUGAAAAACCACAGUAUUGAAAAAGCAGAGAAAUCAAAAACAAUCCAGUCAAAAUAACAGCUUUACCAUUUGAUGUAAACAUACACUUCUUUGCGACUUUUUGAAAUGAUUAGCAUUCUGCUUAUGAGCAUAGAAAAUAAGAGCAGGUCAAGUGUAUUUAAAAAUGUAUUUAAACUGAACUUGCUAGCAGAUGUGUUAUUUGUAUUUUUAUGUUGGAUGAAUAUGUAGCAUUCUUCUUGCAAAAUGCCUUAAAUAAAUUUACCCAGUUAAGUGCAGUGGUACCUUGGUUGUCAAUCUUAAUCCAUUCUGGGAGUCCGUUUGACUCCUUGGUUCAGAAACCAAGGUGUGGCUUCUGAUUGGCUGCAGGAGCUUCCUGCACUCAACUGGAAGCCGCAUUGGAUGUUAAGCUUCCCAAAAACGUUUACAAACUGGAGCACUCACUUCCAGGUUUGCAGCGUUCGGGACCCAAAAUGUCCGAGUACCAAGGCAUUUGGCAACCAAGGUACAACUGUAUCUUGUUAAGAAGAUAUGUUCUUCUUACACGUUUAAAUGGUUGAGGGCUUAAUAUAUGGAUUUCAUUAUCUGGAAAAUCUGAAUCUGAAUUUUAUUCUUCAGGAUGGAAAAAUUGAAGCAGAAGAUUUCACCAGCAGACUGUACCGGGAACUUAAUUCUUCACCUCAACCUUACCUUGUGCCUUUCUUGAAGGUAACAACCUCUCUUCAUUCUAGUUUCAUCACUUGGCAGCCUCUUGCCCUUCUCAGUAAAGAAGUGGGAAACACUAUUAAAAAUUGGUACCAAAUAAAAGUAGUAAAGAUGGCUGACUACAAGAACAAAAAAAUCUCUUUCUGUUCCUUCAUAAAAGGAAUCACAGGGGAAUUUUCUUGAUGUAAAAACUAUAGCGUGCCGCUGUGACAAUAUUCUGUAUGCAGAAUAUUGAAUUACUGUGUUCACACAAUCACUGCUGGAAAUCUGGUAGACCUGGUGAGAUGGUGUGUGAUCCUGGGUAUACACAUGCAUUCUUGCUCUCAGCAUCCCUUCCUCCUAAAAAAGGUGUAUAUGGAGGAACUAUAGGAAUUUAACAUGUGUGAAUCCCAAGUCAUGUUGUAUUGUGUGUGCAAGGUGUAUGCAAACGUGCAUUUUCAAGCUUGAUAUUAUAUCACUUGUUCUGAUUUCCAACUAGCAAUUAUUGUGAAAAGCCCUGGGUAUGUUGUGAACCGCCCUGGGCUCUGCGGAUGAAUGGCAGUAUACAAAUUUUAACAACAACAACAACAACAACAACAAUAAUAAUAAUAAUAAUAAUAGGAAGAAUAAGAAUUCUAUGAGCCAGUUCCAUUGGUUAACUAUUAGCCAGCUCCAUACUGUUGGCAACCAAGGGUACAAAUAAAAUAUUAUUAUUAUUAUUAUUAAUAAUGCAGUAUACUCUGCGUUUUUGUUUGGUUCCUGCUGAUAAUGUGGUAAAAUCCACAGUAUUUCCAGUCCGUCUUAGGGGAUCUGCACAGAAAUGUCAGAUUUUGCACUCAUGAGGCACUCCUUGUCUCAGACGUCAGUGCUUUGAGCAUUCCUGUCAAGCCUGUGCAGUCAAGAGUUGCAGACUGUAGAUUUUAUUUCCUCUUCAAGGAUGGGCUUUUCCCUGCUUUGAGGCAGAUUCCCAAGUACUAUUUUCAUCCCAGGGUAUUAAGAGGUACGCACAACUCGUAAGUUGCCUUUAGCGCUUCUCACGCUGCACAGGCAUCUUUACAACAACUCUGCAAGAUGGGUCAGUAUUAAUACCCCCACUUGCCCCUGCAAAUGGGGGCGUCACUGUGGUCAAUUCAGUAAUUGAAAUGAAUUGGAAGGCAAAGCCGGCACAGUUUUGGGCUAUUGAUUUGCCCCUCUUGUGAAAUAUUGUAGCCAGGUUGUUCGCUCGGCUGGAGUAUAGAGUUUACUGUUCCACAGAGAAAGUUUGUCUCCUUUGGACAAGUAAGUGUUACAAAUACAACCUGGAGUGUCUGGAGGCGGUGGGAGGAUGGAUGGCGGCUAACAGAUUGAGGUUGAAUCCUGACAAGACAGAAGUACUGUUUUGGGGGGACAGGAGGCGGGCACGUGUGGAAGACUCUAUGGUCUGAAUGGGGUAACUGUACCCCUGAAGGACCAGGUGCGCAGCCUGGGAGUCAUUCUAGACUCACAGUUGUCCAUGGAGGCACAGGUCAAUUCUGUGUCCAGGGCAGCUGUUUAUCAGCUCCAUCUGGUACGCAGGCUGAGACCCUACCUGCCCGUGGACUGUCUCACCAGGGUGGUGCAUGCUCUAGUUAUCUCUCGCUUGGACUACUGCAAUGCACUCUACGUGGGGCUACCUUUGAAGGUGACCCAGAAACUACAAUUAAUCCAGAAUGCGGCAGCUAGACUGGUGACUGGGAGGGGCCGCCGAGACCAUAUAACACUGGUCUUGAAAGACCUACACUGGCUCCCAGUACGUUUCCGAGCACAAUUCAAAGUGUUGGUGCUGACCUUUAAAGCCCUAAAUGGCCUCGGUCCAGUAUACCUGAAGGAGUGUCUCCACCUCCAUUGUUCUGCCCGGACACUGAGGUCCAGCGCCGAGGGCCUUCUGGCGGUUCCCUCGCUGCGAGAAGCCAAGUUACAGGAAACCAGGCAGAGGGCCUUCUCGGUAGUGGCGCCCGCCCUGUGGAACGCCCUCCCACCAGAUGUCAAAUAACUACCAAACUUUUAGAAGACAUGUAAAGGCAACCCUGUUUAGGGAAGCUUUUAAUGUUUAAUAGGUUAUUGCAUUUUAGUGUUUUGUUGGAAGCCACCCAGAGUGGCUGGGGGAACCAAGCCAGAUGGGCGGGGUAUAAAUAAUAAAUUAUUAUUAUUAUUAUUAUUAUUAUUAUUAUUAACCUAAGAUUCCUUGUUUGAUAGGGAUUUUUAUCUCUGGAUGGCAAGGCUUAAGAUAACUUCUGAUUCUUGACUGUGUUCCUUGUCUAACAGUAUGCUACAUGGGGGUGUCACUCACCACAAACUACUGCGCAUUUCCGAUGCCUCUAGGGAUAACUGAAACUUGAUGCUAUUUUUUGGGGUGUGGGUGUGUGUAAGCAUUAGCUUACACACAGAGCAGUGUGACGUCACUUCCUCUUUUGUUCCCGUAGCGGAGCUUACCUGCCUUGAGACAGCUGACUCCAGAUUCGGCGGCUUUCAUUCAGCAAAGCCAGCAGCAGCAGCCCACGACGCAGCCCACGACGGCCCUGACAGCGGUGAUGCUGAGCGGCUCAGUUCAGCGUACAGCAGGAAAGACCCCUGCCACCGUCACAAGUACCUUGCAGCAGCCCGUCAUCAGCCUAACGCAGCCGACGCAAGUUGGGGUUGGCAAACAAGGGCAGCCCACGCAGGUGGUGUGUAAACCAAAAUGAAUCAAUCCUACACUUUACCUCCCAGAAAACUGAAUCCUUUCCUUCCUAACACCAGUCAGUAAUGGGCAUAAACUGAACAUAAAACCAGAUAUCUUGUCGAUAUUUCAUGCAUGUUUAUCAGUAGGUACAAAUGUGUGUUGCUCUGUAGUCAAUGGUCUCCUUUUCCUUCCUCUCAGGAAAAGCAUAUUCAGGAGGUGGGCAUGUAAAGCAUGUGUGCUUAACCCUCUCCCUACCCAUUUUUCUGCUCCAAAUUGCUCCCAGCUGGAUUUCAGCUGCAGGGAAAAAUAGCUUUGGUGUGGAGGGAGGGGGGGCGAGAGCAAUUCAGAAUGGAAAAGCUGUAGAUGUAGAAAGAGUCAGUGAUUUCCACCCCGCCCCCCCCAAGCUGUUUCUCUGCUUCACAUUCCCUUUACCCAUACCUCCUUUUCCUUGAUAAAGAAAAAGCUCUAUCAAGGAUAUAUUACAAACUUUUGUGCAGUGGCCCUGAGCUGCCUGACACAACUUCUAUCCUUACCCUAGCAAUCGCUGUAUGUUGUUGCUAUCGCAGCCUUUCUGAAAACAAAGAUUUUAUUGGCAGUAGGUACAGGAGAAAUUAAAGGGAGGUACUGAUUCGCAUAGGCCAAAAGCAACUUCUUGGAUUCAUUUCUGCAAGAUAGCCAGUAGCAGCAGGCAGCUUUUAAAAGUUCAUGGAGAAAAGUUCUUCAAACUACAACAGUUAAAACUUGCAUGUUCAGAAUCAGCAUACAAAUGAUUUGCCAGAGGCUAGGGGCAAGCAGUAGGGGAUAGCCAUAUCCAUUGUACCAUGAUUGCAAGGUUCCUAGGAGCAUUAGGCUGGCUACUGAUAAGAGACCAAACAGCGCACCAAAUGAAUGGCAAGGCAGCUGUUGCGUAUGUGCAUUGAUAACCUCUCCGAAAGAGGUUCUGUAAAUGACAGUAUUCUUUAGUUUGAUUUUGCUAGUGUCUAAUGAUUCAAACCUGUAUUGGAUUUGACUACCCGCACUUGCCUGUCAGCAUUCCUGCUCUUAGUUACUUGAAGAACUAAGCUGUUUCUCUUCCUGUACUUGCAGCUGUGAGGAUGGGCUAUUGUUAAACCCACUGCUCCUGUACUGCAGGGGAAUGGGGCUUUAUGGCAAGAUACACUCAUGAUCCACAAGGUGUAUCUAAAUUAUGCAUUAAAUGGGGAGAGGCUUCUGACAACCUUGUAUCCCAAAGUCUGACAGAGCAACAUCACCCACUAAAAAUGGAAUGGUUUUCAUUCUUGAAUAACUUUGGAUAGGGCUGUAGUGUUUGUAUAAAACAAGGGGCCACUCCAGGGCUGCAUAAAACAAAUAUUUUAUCGUGCAUCUCUAGACCCUAUUAGGUUGAUGUGGAAAAUACCCUUUUCACAUAUGGCCUGCUUUAAUUUGAGAGACUAGCGGCAUGGUUAAAGGCAGUACUAUUUUUCUAGAAGAGGAGGUGCCAGAACUUACCAUUAAUGUCUUCCAUGUUCUCUUAUAAUGGCAAUGGCACCCACCUGAGAGGUACUGGAAUUGAGUACCAGUGAGUUCCUGCUGAAAAAAAAGCCCUGCUUAAAGGGUUCCAAAAGCUGUCAGUUGAAUUGGCAUUCUUAGUCAACUGCAACUACUCUCAAACUUUUUAUUCAUUUCUUACGUUUCUCUGCCACCUUUUCCUCCAAGGAGCUCAAGGUCAGUGUUCGAAACUCCUAUUGUUCUAGGCUCAUUUUGCGACAGGGAAUUUAAUUAACACGAGCAGUUUCUGAGUUCUGGGUGCAGUACUGCGCCUAAGAUUUCAGAUUAAAACUGCGGAGUGGAAGGAAAGGACCCUUUUCUGCCUCCCCGCUUCCAGCUAAUAUCUGAAGGCUGGAGAAGGGACCCUCUUAAGAAUAUUAGGGGGGUGGGCAGGGAAAGGAAAGGAUGAGGCCAUGUGAAAAAUGGACAUAAUAUUUUAGCUGCAAUUCAUUCAUUUCCAGCUUUGUAUUCAUGUUAUUAAAAAAGUGCACCUAGGCUUUCUUGUUCUUAGCCGGUUUAUUGAAACGAAUGUCUCUUCAAAUGUUUUCAGGUUAUUCAGCAGUCUCAAAAGCCAGGCACGUUGAUCAGGCCACCACAGGUGACAUUGACACAGACCCCUAUGGUAGCCUUGCGGCCACCGCACAACCGUAUUAUGCUUACUGCUCCUCAACAAAUUCAGCUAAACCCACUUCAGACAGGUAAGAGAGAAGCAUUCUUGUUAUUUAUUAUAAUGAGAUUUUUUUUAAUUUAAAAAACCAGCCAUCUGAUGCUGUGUCAUAACAUUGCACUUGGAAAAUAAUGUUUUCAAUCACGGGCCCCCUUAAAGGUACGUGAUUGUUUUGGAGAAGUUUUUUUUUAUCGGAUUCUUGAAAGUCAGAAAACCUGCACAGGAAAUAUACAUUCUUUCUGAGCCAGCAUCUCAGGUAGCAGAUUUAUCAGGUCAUGGGGCAGGACUAUGCUUAACUCCCUCUCCUCUUAAUUCUGCUUCAGGUAAAGACUUUGCACCAUUCUGCUGGUUUUGGUGUGUUUGUGUGGAUUCUGAAUUACAGAGCAUUUUUCUUGAUUUCCUUUCCUUGCAGUCCCUGUGGUAAAACAGACAGUAUUACCUGGAACCAAAGCUCUUUCUACACUUUCAACUCAAGCAGCUGCUGCUCAAAAAAACAAACUCAAAGAACCUGGGGGAGGUUCUUUUAGGUAAGUAAUCCUGUGCAUUAGUGCAAAGAGAUUUGCAGGAGGGGGGUAGAAUCCUGGAAAUGACACCUGUCCCUACGACAGAUACUUUGUAUUUGUGUGUGUGUUUUGGUUAUGCUUUAUGUUGCUUUCUCAGUAGCUGCAGAUUUGCAGCACCCAGGGAAUAAAUACUGAUCUUUUAAAUAGCUUCUUAUCUGGAUUAGCAAAUAUAGUAGGCUCAUUCUGUCUUCCAUGCUGAAUUGCAUUUCUGUAUUUAUUAUACUGCCCAGUGUCUCUCAAAUCUUUCUGGAAUCCAGGCAGGCGGACCCCUGUGCAACUUCUGAAUGCUUCCCUCUAUAUCAGGGGUCAGCAAACUCUUUCAGCAGGGGGCUGGUCCACUGUCCCUCAGACCAUGUGGGGGGCCGGACUAUAUUUUGGGGGGGAAAAUGAAAGAAUUUCUGUGCCCCACAAAUAACCCAGAGAUGCAUUUUAAAUAAAAGGACACAUUCUACUCAUGUGAAAACACCAGGCAGGCCCCACAAAUAACCCAGAGAUGCAUUUUAAAUAAAAGGACACAUUCUACUCAUGUAAAAACAUGCUAAUUCCUGGACCAUCCGUGGUCCGGAUUUAGAAGGCGAUUGGGCAGGAUCUGGCCCCCGGGCCUUAGUUUGCCUACCUAUACCCUAUAUGCCUCCCCAUGUUUGAUAGGUUAAAGCACAGAGAUCCUCAUGUGUAGACACCUUCUGGCAGCCUACUUUGAUGGACCAGGCUCUGUCAAUUUGAGCAAAGGGGUUCAAAGAAUGCUGGAUCAGGACCUCUUGGUUUCUCCUUUCUUACAUCUCCUCCCACUUCUGUGAGGCAGCAGUGAAGGGGGAAAUCCUGGGAAGAACCUAUUCUCUGGUGGGGGAGCAACGUAUCCUGCCAACAUACCUUUUAAAAAAGAGAAGGAGAGAUGGAAUGGUCUGAAAGCCCUUCCUGAUUUUAGGGGCAACAAAGAGAGAAGAAAUCCCAAGCGAGAGGGGAACCAAUGAAGCAUUCUUCUUUUCCACUUCUCCAUCUCAAUACACCACUAAUUUUCCCUCCCCACAGAUAUUAGGGGUGAUGGAAGUGGUCUUCAGUUUCUACCAGGUGGCUUAAGUAUGAGAGGGAAUAGAGGAGCCCCUAUCUUAAGUCUCCCAUGAAAAGGUAGACUUACAUGCAUUGGGUAUAAAAUGCACAGCUGGAACCAGGGAGCAGCACAUCUUGCUUAUUCUUCUUUCCUGUGGGAAGGAAAGGGCAGUAGUACCAGCAUACAGGAAGCUAGGCUUGACCUGGAUAUCCUUUAUAUUUUAUUUUGUUGCUGGGCAACAGCACCCCCUGCUGGACCAGGAGAAGUCAAUGAGCUGAACCACCCCAUCUCUUCCUCCUUGAUUCCUGACCCCCAGUCUGUUAUACCGUUCCUUCUUCCAACUGUCUCAUUCCCUCUGCCCUACAGUUUGAGAACGGCUAAUCUAGCCUGUGGAUGCUGAGCUCUGUCACCUUCUGUCAGUGUCCACAUAACAUUCAUGUUGUGGUUGUGGUUGUUUAGUUGAUUAGUUGUGUCCGACUCUGCAUGUCUCCAUGGACCAGAGCACGCCAGGCACUCCUGUCUUCCACUGCCUCCUGGAGUUUUGUCAAACUCACGUUGGUUGCUUUUGUAACACUAUCCAGCCAUCUUGUCCUCUGUCGUCCCCUUCUCCUUGUGCCCUCCAUCUUUCCCAACAUCAGGGUUUUAUCCAGGGAGUCUUCUCUUCUCAUGAGGUGGCCAAAGUAUUGGAGCCUCAGCUUCAGGAUCUGUCCUUCCAGUGAGCACUCAGGGUUGAUUUCCUUCAGAAUGGAUAGGUUUGAUCUUUUUGCAGUCCAUAGGACUCUCAAGAGUCUCCUCCAGCACCAUAAUUCAAAAGCAUCAAUUCUUCAGCGAUCAGCCUUUGUGGUAACAAUCAUGUUGCCAGAUCCCAAAACAAUAGAGUUUAUGAACCGUGUGCAAAAAGCAAUAGAUGCUCUUCAGUGAAUUAUUUUUUUGAAUCCCAAUAAUUCAUGUAACCCAUGACUCACUCCUUUUACUCUAGCAGGAUGCGUUAGAGGAAAAGUGAUGCUAUUCUUGUUGGCUUAUAGGAAGAAGAAAAAUUCAAAAUCUCUGCAUUUAGGGCAAUACCUUUAUUAGGCCAAACUGUUAUAAAAUAGCGUGCAAGCUUGCAAGUCCGGCAUUCUUCAUUGAGCUAGAUCAGGGGUCUGCAACCCGCGGCUCUGGAGCCGCAUGUGGCUCUUUUACACCUUUGCCGCGGCUCCGGGGCGGAUACUAGCGAGGGGAGGAGGUGCAUUGUGCGCCCUGACACUCCCCACUGUGGCGGGCGCUGUACUGGCUGUGACGUCGCAUGGGGGCGGUGCGUGUGUUAGUCACGCACCGUCCCGACGUCACCUUCCCGCCCGCCCGCUACAUUGUAAGGGGCAUGUACGCUGGUCACUGUUUUGAAGGGGAGUGAAGAACACACACACACAAAAAGGUAACUUGUUAAUUUAACAUUUAUUUCUAUGAGGAGGAGUAAUUCUGAGGGGUCAAACAAAGAAAUAAUAAAAAAGUGACAAAAAAGUUAUUUUUAUAAUAACGAGUUUUGCGGCUCCCAGGUUUUUUUCCUUCGGAAACGGGUCCAUGUGGCUCUUUUUGUCUUAAAGGUUGCAGACCCCUGGGCUAGAUGGUAAAGAAGGGAGAGGGAAAAUAGUUAGCUGCUAAUAAAGCUGAUACUAUACCUUGUCUCAAAGUGGAGUGUGAGGGAAGGCUCUGUGCAGAUUUCACAUUUUUGCCUGUUUGCCUGCAGAGAUGCAAACUCACAGCUUUACCACCAGCCAAAUCUCUCUCUCCGCCCCUCUGAUUUUCUCUCCCACCCACCACUUACCUUCUAACAUAGCCUUUGCUAACUUGCUGCCCUCCAUAAUUUUAGGCCAUAACUCCCAUCAGCACUGAAGGGAGUCGUAGUCCAAAUUGAUGAUGGCAGAUCUAGACUGAUGAUUCCUGCAGUGCUUGGACGUUUUGUGACAUUUUACUUGGCCUAUUGAAAGUGUAGCUCCUGUAUGGAUUUUAGAAUGAUACGUUAGGUUACCUCCUAGCUGAAAACCUAAAGUGUGUAUUUUCUCAUCAAAUUUAUAAUCGUGUUACUAUCCAUCUUCUGGAUAGUAGACACUAUCGAACACACAAAUAGGCAUUGCACACGCGCCCCCCGUUGUUGUUGUUGUUGUCAUUUUUAUGGAUUGUCUUUCAUUCUCCCCCAGCCCCCCAAUUUAUUAAUGGGAAAAUCUACUGAUGCGUUAAUGCCUUAUUUGCAUAAAUUUGAACCAUGCCUUUUGAUUAUUCAUAUUCGUUAAGGUUUUUUCCUUCGACAACAGUCUUUACUGAUGUCAACAAAUGUCCACAUUUCAUCUUUCAAUGAAGUUCUGUAGUUUUGUUGGAUUCAGCUUACUUUUCUUUGAGUUUUGAUACUCUCAAUAUAUUACUGUGGGUUGGAUCCAGAGAUAGCCAAGAAGAUCACCUUUCAUGCAGUGGGGCUUUCUCGAGUCUUCUGUCCAAUUGCCAUUCCCACUUGUCGAGGGAGUGCUGGAAGCCGCAAUUGGGAGAGUGCUCCUGUGCUUGAGUCCUGUUUGCUAGUUUUCCACAGGGAUCUAGUUGGUCACUGUGAGAACAGGAUAGACCAUUGGCCUGAUCCAGCAAGCUAGUCUUCCAUUCUUAAGACCAGGUUUCCUCAAACUCGGCCCUCCAGAUGUUUUGGGCCUACAACUCCCUUGAUCCCUAGCUAGCAGGUCAGGGAUGAUGGGAAUUGUAGUUCCAAAACAUCUGGAGGGCCGAGUUUGAGGAAGCCUGCUUAAGACCCUCUGGAAUGUGAUAAAAUUGGGAGAGAGCCAGAGUUGCCUUGCACCAAGUGGCAGUGUCUCAAAAAAUAUCCAGAUUUGAGCCAAUACAAUCACAUCUAAAUUCCGUAUUGUUUUGCAAAAUGCCCUUCACUUUGUUUUUGCUGCCCCUGCCCUCCCAGUAUCUAUUCAGCUGCUCAUUGAAUACAGUUCGCUGUUUUGCAAAUUCCUGGCAUUUUUGGAAAUUUCCAGAUUUAAAAAAAAAAACUUAUUUUGAAUCUACUGUUCCCUCUUUCUGAAGGGAUGACGAUGAUAUCAAUGAUGUCGCAUCGAUGGCAGGAGUUAAUCUAUCAGAAGAGAGCGCACGUAUAUUGGCCACGAAUUCUGAGUUGGUGGGCACAUUAACAAGGUCGUGUAAAGACGAAACCUUUCUUCUCCCGGCACCUUUGCAAAGAAGGAUACUCGAAAUAGGUGAGUUGCUGUGAAUCUCGGCAGCAUAAUGGCCUGAUUGGUGAUACGAAGCGACUCCAUCCUUUUAUGGUUCCACGUGAUGAUGUUACUGGUCCAGCAGUGGCGGCCCAUAUUGAGCACAGCUUAGAUGUGACACACAGAUUCAUUCUAUUAAGCAAAAGUGGAUAGAGAAUGAGGGGUGGAUGGGACAAAGGCAACAGUUGUCUAUGUGCUAUCUUUAAAGGCCACUGAGAGCCAUCUGCAUUAGGUACAGUGAUUCGGAGACUCUUUUUAUAUAGUAGCUUUAAAAAUAUUCCCAUGUUUUACACGCCAGAAAAGUAGCUUCUGUGUUUCAGACAUCCUGUUUUUUUUAAAAAAACAUGGACAACCUGGUUUCAAGCUAUCAGGAACCCAAAUUGGCUACAGCUUCCCUGUGGAGGAUAUCAAUAUGGGAUAACAUGUAUUUUACUGCUGCAACUUUGUGACUUGCCCUGUACAGAACAAUUGCACCUAACAGGCAGCAAAGCAGAAUGAAUUUGUGCACACAAGUACACACACACACACACACACACACACACACACACACACCAUUUCCAUUAGGUGUUAUGUCAUAGCUGUGUAUCAAUCAUCAGCUAAGCAUAAUUAUCAGGCUUCUAUAGCAGGCUACCAAGUGUUCCUUCCGUCUUAUUGCCUGUUGUAAACAACUUCUCAAACUUGGAGAAAUAGAUUGUAAAGCAGUGAUUAGAGUUGUAGGCUUGGGCCUAGGAGAUCUAGGAUUAAAUUGCUGCAUAGCCUUUGAAAAAAAUGUGUAAGCUGCCUCGAGUCCUGUCAGGGAAAAAGGCGGGGUAUAAAUAUAAUACUAAUAAAUAAUAUUUGGUUAGGUCAGUCGCUAGAUAUUUGCCAUCUUUAAAAUGAGGGUCAUAGUGUCCUUCCUCACACACUUCUUUUCCAAAAAGCAGCACAGUGAGAUUCAUGAAGUCCAUUGCAAAUAAAAGGAAAUGAAAUGAAACUAAUUAAUAUCACUGUUAAGUAGUACACAUACUUCAAUAGGUGCACAAUCCACUUGGUUAGGAAACCCAAAAACAUUAGCUGUGUUGGUGCCAAGUACUGUAGUAAAUUGCUGAGCUUUGUUUGAGAAAAGCAGCUGCGUGGGACUCUUGGGUGGUAAGUCACAUUAUGUGAAUUGUUUUGGGGGGCUUUUUGUGCAUGCAUAGCCAUCGCUUUGGGGGCUGCAGUAUCAGGUGGUGUUAAGUAGGUAGGAAAGGGCCAUCAUAGGUCAGACAUCAUGGGUAGAACUUUUGAAUCACCAUAAACUCAGUGCUUUCCAGUAGAGUCGUUUCACACAUUCAGUGGCAAGUCAACCAACAAGAAACCAAGUAAUGUGAUUCUUUACAUGAACUCGGCUCUGAAUCGGCAAUGGCUGCUUAGGUUUCUUACUGAAUGCCUUUGCUUUUGUUGGAAACACAGGUAAGAAGCAUGGAAUAACGGAAAUCCACCCCGAUGUAGUUAGCUACGUAUCGCACGCAACGCAACAAAGGCUACAAAACCUGGUUGAGAAGGUAUCGGAGACUGCCCAGCAAAAGAAUAUGUCUUACAAGGUAAAUAGUCUUACUGACAGUGAGAAGGUUUGGCAACUUGGAUUCUUUUGAGCUCUGGUUUAAUGAGCUCAGACGCAAUCCCAGGAAUUCUGUUUCUAGCCCGUGAUUUACAGCUUUUGUAAUAAAUUAUUAUUAUUAUUAUUAUUAUUAUUAUUAUUAUUAUUAUUAUUAAUACCCCGCCCAUCUGGCUGGGCUUUCCCAGCCACUCUGGGCGGCUUCCAAAAAAAUAUUAAAAUACUAUAAUAUAUCACACAUUAAAAGCUUCCCUAAACAGCCUUCCUAGCAGCAGAGAACCUCAUUGUGGCGAACAAAAGCAAUCCAGGCCUGAAGAAAUCAAGUGUGUCUUGUAGACACGGUCUUUGCUGUGACAAUGGAGGCAUUAUGGGAAUAAAGCAACAACGGGAAUGUUUUUCCUCUUUAAUAACUAUGCCAGGGCUACUUCUUGGGACAUAAAACACUGUUGCAUGGAUGGGGGAAAAAAAGGAAAAGUUACUUUGGGUUAUUGAAACCUGCUAUCAAGUUAAAUUCUUAAAUUUCUUUUAAAGUCUGCAUGCCUUUCAUUAAAUAGAUAAAUAAAUGGGCAGAUUUAAGCAAUCGUUGGCUAGGUUUAGCUCCCGUUUGGUCCUUUUUGUUGCAAAUUUUUGCACUUUGAAAUGAAAUCAAUGGAGGUGCUGUCAGGUAUGAUGACAAAUCAGAUAUAUUUAUCCACUGCAUUAAGAAGAGGGCAGUGCAGGGUGGAUAAAAUUGGGAGAGGGUGGUGAUGAUUCUGAAUUUUCUCCUAAAGUUUAUAUUUAUGUACACACCCUGGUUUAAUCCUGGCUUGAGGGCAAACCAUAGUUUGAUAUAUUCUGCUGAAAUAGCAAAUGAGAAGUGGAGGCUUCUAAUCUCCUCCCCUCACAUACAAAGGAAGCAAGAAGGAUAGGAGGGAAUACACAAGCCUCACAACCUCGUAAUGAAAAGCCAUGCUUUGUCAUUCUGGGUGAAGUGAAUCUCUAAGGGAUUUCUUUCUCACUGGCCAGCCAAAUGACAGAUUUUGUGUAAAACCUCCCAUUGAUGGGUGUUCUUUUGGCAGCUGUGUUACCUUCAGCUCCCUCCCUCCCAAUUCUCACAGUUCCCUGAGUUGCAGGUGUAUAACAUGGUGCCGUUUUCAAAGUUUCAUUAACUAUGAACUGUUAUAGUCUAAGAGGGAAUAGAAUGGGUGUGUUGUUUGGGGUGGCAAUUUUUAAAUUUGCUUUAUUUCUAUACCCAAAAUUGCCUGGUUAAUAUUGCCUCCUGUAGUCCUGCCCUCCCCUCUAUUCCCUGCCCCCACUCCCUAAUACUGCAUGACGCUGAAUGGUGGAACUUAUUGCUGCUGGAAUUACUCCAUGGAAAGGACUUAGGGCAAAUACAAAUAUAAAAAGCUAUUGGCAGAGAAGGUCAAAAUUGGACUUACUUAUGGUUAGAGUAUCUCUAAACUUAAUUUGGCUCAACACUGGACUGGACAGGAGAUUAGGGAAUGGUUGUCUUGAUAUUUUGUGCCAUUACAUGCUUUCUCAAAAUCCACCUCCAGCCAUUAUCAGACACAAAAUAGAGGAACUGAUGAACCAUUAGCCUGAUCUACUGGCUGUCCUAUUUUUUCCGCCUUAGACCAAGCUCUGGAAAUGAAAUUGUGUAAUAUAUUAAAAGAAGGAUAGGUUUCAGAUAUUCUUGAGUUGAUUUGACAGGUUUCCAUGACCUAAAGAACUGGGCUUUUAGGGGAAAAGAAUCUUUUUGAAAAAGGAAGCUGAAAAUAUUACUUGAAUGUUAAUAGACCCUGAUGAGAUCAUAGAAAAGAUUGUUGAAUUAAAAAAACAAAACAACACGUUUUUAGCCAGCUGUAUGAGUUUAAAGAUUAACUUGCUGUUUGAAGAAGAUUAAGUGAACAUAUUGAGCUUGUGUGUGUGUGUGUGUGUGUGUGUGUGUAUACUCUCGUUUAGCUGUGCAGUACAAUUGCACCCCCCCCCAUUUUUUCCUAAUGAAAACCAUUUCCCCACAUUUUUUAGGAUGAUGAAAGAUACGAACAAGCAAGUGAUGUUCGGGCGCAGCUCAAAUUCUUUGAACAACUUGAUCAAAUAGAAAAACAGCGGAAAGAUGAACAAGAAAGGGAAAUUCUAAUGCGCGCAGCAAAGGCAAGUGCUUUGUUGUUGUUUUUCACCCCUAAUAGAUUGACAAGUGUUGCAUUUGACGUUGAAAGAGCCGCGGUUCUUUUGUUCUCCUGGCUGUGAAAUGAGACGGGAGGCUCUUCUCCUAACCCUAAAUGCCACACAGUGUGAUGCUGCUCUUUUGCAUGCUGUCUUUAGUCCAGAACCACAAAAGGACUGUAUGUCGAGCUUCAGCCACACAGUGCCCCCCCACCUUUUUGGGGGGAGGGUGUGUUGCUGUCCAUCAUCACCCUGAAGCCACUCCCAGCAAUUUUGGAAAUCGCCCCCAGCAGCACUCUGGUAGAGCAUGAGGCUCUUAAUCUCAUGGAUUCGAGCCCCAUAUUACAAAAAAGAUUCCUCCUGCAUUGCAGGGGGUUGGACAGGGUCCCUUCCAACUCUGCGAUUCUGUGAAAACAGCUGGGGGAUUCUGGUGUGGAUGGGAAUACUUCCUCAGGUCUAAGCAGGCUCCUUGGAUCCCAGCCUAUAACUGUAACCCGGAAACUGAAGUGGAAAACACUUUGUACUCCCUUGAACGGGGAGAUUGAAUCGAAUAACAUUUUGCACUCUCAAUGAUGGCUCAAAGAGAAGCAAAAUGCCCUGUGCAAAUGCGUUUUGUAAAACCAGGCACAAAAGGGGUAGCGUGGAACCUCCUGCUUUCUCCUUAUGGAGGCGCAAAUCCAGUGAGAGCUUUGCUGCUUAUUUUGAAUCUGGACUCAGCCACAAAACUCCCUGGGUGACUCUAGGCCAGUCACAGUGGGUGAUACCCAGCACUGUGUUAGUAGAGUUCCACUUGCACCGUGCAACUUGUCCUCUCCUUUCCCUGCGCUGCCCCCCAGAUUGUCCUGCAGCCCCCAGGAACAGAUUUUGUGGGUGGUGCAGGGCCUGCAGAGGAAGAGAAAAUUCCAUUGCACAACUGGAAAUUUUACGCAUGUUUCUCAGCCCACAGGGUUGUGAGGAUAAUCAAUAAUAAUAAUAUUUUCCCCAGCCGCUCUGGGUAGCUCCCAACAGAAUACUAAAAAUAUGAUAAAACAUCAAACAUUAAAAACUUCCCUAAACAGGGCUGCAUUCAGAUGUCUUCUAAAAGUUCGUUGUUUAUUUCCUUGACAUCUGAUGAGAGGGCAUUCUACAGGGCGGGCGCCACUACCAAGAACGCCCUCUGCCUCAUACCCUGUAACCUCACUUCUCACAGUGAGGGAACCACCAGAAGGCCAUCGGAGCUGGACCUCAGUGUCCAGGCUGAAUGAUGGGGGUGGAGACGCUCCUUCAGCGGAUAACCCCUGUAUGCCACUCUCGGAUCCUUCACAGAAGAGCCAAGAUACAAGUGUGAAAAAUAAGUAACUGCUAGACUUCAUUGCUGUGUAUAAUGGAGAGCCCAGCAGCCUGUCUCAUACCGAAAGCGUGAGACCCAUUGAGUUCCGCAGUUUGCUAGGAGAUCAGAAUACCUAUAUUAGGUUCAUUGGAUCUGAAGUCAUCCGGACACCAGAAAUCACCAAGGAAUUAUCAAGAGGAAGGGGAAAACCCUCCAUUCAGACUCCUUUCUUUCUUAAAUAGAACUAUGCCAGAGCUUGAGGUAGGUGCCUGGGUAUUUGGCUGGAUCCAGUCUGUUUCUUCUUCACUCUCCCAGCCACCAGGGUGGUAGCUCAUCAUGUUAAAUUUGAAAAUCUGAGCAUGUGCUAGUCUUGGACUAGGACCUAGGAGACCAGGGUUCAAAUUCCCACUUGGGCAUGAAGCUCCGUGAGUGGAAUUGGGCCAGUCAGUGCCUAUAAUCCUCAGCUUUCUCACCUUCCACACAGGGUCGUUGUGGAGAAUAAAUGGGGGGGGGGGGGACCAUGCGUACCACCUUGGGCUCCUUGGAGGAUUAAGUGCAAGAUAAAUGCAAUAACUAAUAACUCAUUAGUCUUAUGUUUGGAAUAUAGUUAAAAUACAAAACAUAUGUUAUAGCCAAGAACACAUUUUUAAAAUGUCUCUGAUUUAUUCUCUUUUUUUCCCCUUACUUUGUCUCCCCUCUCCUUCUCCCUGCUGCCACUUUGAAAUUCUUCAUCAACACAGUCUCGAUCUAGACAAGAAGACCCCGAGCAGCUUAGGUUGAAACAGAAAGCCAAGGAGGUAUGUUUUUUUCCCAAACCGCCUGUCGUAUUUAUCAUCUCAGUGCUGCAUUUGUUACAUUUUCACCUGCGUAAUAAUGACUGCGUUCCAAAACAAGCAUAGGAGAGAGUAAAAACAUAAAGGAAAAUGGUGACUUUUUCUCUUUUGCCAAACACAGAUGCAGCAACAGGAACUAGCACAAAUGAGACAGAGGGAUGCCAACUUGACUGCCUUGGCUGCAAUAGGACCCAGAAAGAAGAGGAAAGUGGAUUCCCCGGGCUCUGGAUCAGGGACAGAGGUACAAGACUACAACUCUGUUUGUACAUCAUUGGAUCCUAGACUUCUGAUGGCUCUGGUACAGCUUCAAACUAAACUGAAAUUGGAAGCACAUUUCACUCUUGCCCAACACAGAUUUUCUUGUUGCGGGUGUGAGAGUUAGAAUUAGCCACCCCAAGUUUAACAAAGUGUGUACCACCUAUGCAAGUUGCAAGUCUCAUUGCUGGUACACUUUCCUGCACCACUGCUGCACAUCAUUUAAUUACCCUUGAGUGCCUUAUGCUAUAUAUCUUAAAUUUCUUUAAACCUAUCUGCCAUGUUCUUUCUUACAACUGUGUAAGUUCUGACAGGCAUAAUAUUUUAAGAGGCUUUACUGUUAAGUUUAUCUCAAUGUCUUUGGACUGAUAAUUUCAAGAUGUGUUGGAGCAGAUUCUUCAUCUGUCUUUUCUUAGUGGUGCAGAAUGUGCAAAAAAUAAUAAUCUUUCUUGAUGUGAAACAGGAUAUAAAGUUGGCAUUUUGUGUAUGAGAUGUAACCUCUGGAAUGCUUCAUAAUGGUUGUAGUUCCCUUAAACAAAGGGUUGGAGCCUCAAUAUAUCCGAUCUGCAAUUCCAGAUGCCUCACAGAAAACCUUUAUUAAUAUAAAAGCAGAUAUCUCUGCCAAUUUGUUUUCUUUAUUGCUGUAGCAGCAGUGGAAGAAAAUGGGCUUUGAAGUUCAUCUUCUUCUGCAUAGCUCUUGACAAAAAUGAUUUUCAUGUUGCAGGCUUUCCUGCGAAUAGCAAUUUGGAUAACACUCAUUGAAACAAGUUUCCAUUUUCUCUUCUAACAGAGGCUUUAAUUAGAGGCAGAAAUUGAGCAGAUGCACUCUUCUAGUUCUGUAGUGUGUAUUAGUGGAACCUGUUGAAUUCCUGCCUGGGGCAGAGCGACAGUUGCACAGUACUAGACAGUAGUAGACGGGGUGAGCUCCCGUUGCUCGGUCCCUGCUCCUGCCAACCUAGCAGUUCGAAGGCACGUCAAAGUGCAACUAGAUAAAUAGGUACCGCUCCGGCAGGAAGGUAAACGGCGUUUCCAUACACUGCUCUGGUUCGCCAGAAGUGGCUUAGUCAUGCUGGCCACAUGACCCGGAAGCUGUACGCCGGCUCCCUCAACAAAUAAAGCGAGAUGAGUGCCGCAACCCCAGAGUCGUCCGCGACUGGACCUAAUGGUCAGGGGUCCCUUUACCUUUACCCCAAAGGCCAACAAAAUUUAUUUUGGCACAUGGGGUAGAAAAUCCCAUAAGCAGCUCUUUCCCCUCCCUGCUGUAAAAUAUACAACAGCAAUGAAUUAACUAAAUUGUUGCCCCAAAUCAGCUGCUUGAGGUAGUAGUCUCACUUUUUUUUUUACAGUAGGACUGGCCCUGGUUGAAGGCACAAAAUGAAAGUGCAGAAGCUGAUAAGCCUAUCUAGAAAUAUCUCUGCAAAAUUCCCCCUUUCUAGAAGCUGCAAGUUUCUCUGGCGUGUCUUUAUAUUGUUACUAGUAAAUAUUUUAUAAAUCUUACAUAGCUUUUAUAAAUCUGAAAAGCAUUUACAUAGGUUUUAUAAAUCCAUUUGAGUCCAAACACCCAUAUCUAAAAGGGCACUGCAGUGAAUUCCAUGGGACUGUUGUCUGUGAAGUCCUGGGGAGAAGGGAAUUGAGUUAAAUCAAGCUCAAAGCUUACUUAAUUUAAAAAACUUAAGUUGCGUUCUCAGCAGUAGUAGCACGUAGAAAGAUGUGGAAAAAUAGGGAAUGCAAUAAAAUUAUCAUUACUCAAACUUGGAGCAGUGAUCCAAAAUAGCAUUCAUUGUGUCUAAGUCCAUUAGGUGUGCUGAGCAAAUUUAGAAGUAAGCUGUGUUCAGUUGGGCUUACUUCCUAGUUAAGUCAUUUUAGGAUCGGAGUCUAAAACAACUUACUUCCAAACCUUACCAUUAAACUUGCUCUCAAACCCUAUCAGUCAGAAUAAUAAUAAUUAUUAUUAUUACUAUUACUACUACAAUUUAUAUACCACCCUUUAGCCAAAGAUCCCAGGGCGGUGCACAACAUUAAGAACAUAAUUUAUGCAGCAUAAUAAAAAACAGAAUACCCAGCAUAAUAAUAAAACAAUCGUGAUAACUGCCCCCCCCAAUAUACAUUUAACAGACCAUAGAUUAUUUAAUUGCCAAAGGCCUGGGUAAAGAAUAAUGUUUAGUUUUUAUUGAGCAAUAGCACCUACUCCCUGAUUAGAGGUGCAGAAGUGAUCUUCUUUUCUAGUUCGUUCAGGAUCAGGGUUUCUGCCUACCAUUAAAGAGAAGGACUUCAACAUACCCAUUGCGUCAUUUUGGAAGUUUGUGUCCAGCUGCUCCAUGCUGUAGGCCACGUUCCAGUGGUGGGUGGUGCCAGGGGCAAAAAUGGGUGGAGCAAUGGGUGUGAAGCUUGCUUUCUCCUGUACAGUAUAAAUGGGAGAUUAAUGUUCACACAUCUCUUCGUUUGGGCAAGCAAGAGUCUUAGCACAGUGCCAGCCAGGCAAAAGCAGCCGAGGACCCGGAGCAGGAUUGUUUGGGGGAGGGAGCAUGGCUUAGGAAGAGUCUCAAAGGCCAGUCAGAGAUUUCUGGAGGGUGCCUUUGGACCCUGGACCGGAGGUUCCCCAAUACCUGAGUAUAGCAUUGGUCCCCCAAGUACAUUGUAUCACGAAGCCCUAACACAAUUGUUCCUCUCCAGGGGCAGGUCACUGCUAAGUGGACCAACAUUGCUGUGUCUGAAAGCAGUUUCAUUUAGUUCCUACAUACAGUGGUACCUCGGGUUAAGUACUUAAUUCGUUCUGGAGGUCCGUUCUUAACCUGAAACUGUUCUUAACCUAAAGCACCACUUUAGCUAAUGGGGCCUCCUGCUGCUGCCGCGCCGCCGGAGCACGAUUUCUGUUCUCAUCCUGAAGCAAAGUUCUUAACCCGAGGUACUAUUUCUGGGUUAGCGGAGUCUGUAACCUGAAGCGUAUGUAACCUGAGGUACCACUGUAUUUAUCCAAGGUAGAUUUAAAAUACUAUGCGGGCUAUUAGGAUCACACACACACAAACCUUCAGGCAUACAGUGGAACCUCGUGUUACGCACCGUCCUCCUUGCGAACGCUUUGGGUUACGAGCUCCGCUAACCCGGAAGUAGAUGCUCCAGGUUGCGAACUUUGCCCCGGGAUGCGAGCGGAAGUCACGUGCUGGCAGCACGGCAGCAGUGGGAGGUGCUAUUAGCAAAAGCGUGCCUCAUGUUGCAAGCGGUUUCGGCUUAAAAAUGGACCUCUGGAACGAAUUAAGUCCGUAACCGGAGGUACUACAGUGUACAUGAACAUUUAACUUCUUAUGUCCUUCAGUAUAUGGAAUCUGCUUUUCAUUCGUUAGAAAUUCUUCUUUGCAUAUCAGCAAACUGUGAUCAAUUUAGUUACCUUAGUUCAAUCUGUUACGGGAUAGCCAAAUGUCCUAAAUCAAAGCUUUUGUUUGCUUAAUUAAGAACCAGCUGCUUUGGAUCUAAUUGACUCGCAGCUGUGCAGCUGCUGCUGCUGCUGCAGUUGACAUUUUUAAACUGAGCUCCCCUUGUCUCUCUCUUGGUGCAUGCACACAUUGUGGGGGCGUUUUUCUUGCAGUUAAAACAGUAUUACCAAAACUGGUUCCGAUCAGACUAGCGUGCUGAUAUCCAAGGAAUGUCGGACCUUAAUAAGUCACCUGUAAGCAAAGCAAAAAAAGGAAAAGGGGGGAAAAAGCCAAGAAAAUAUAAUUGCACAAUUAGCUUGCGGAUAGGAUGUUCAAUAUCCGAGAUGAUGUCAAAAGCCCAGGUUUUACCUGGACAAAUUAAUUUGUUGCUCUAAUUGUGCAAAUUCAGCUGUUUGAGCAUUUCUGGGAAGCUUAAAAAUGUAUUGUGACAAGAUUGCCUGAUUAGCUUAAAGGCUCGCAUAAUAUGCCUCAUGGCAUUCUUGGCCAUGACCCAGUUUGACCCCACGAGUGACUAAGGGGUUCUUACGCUAUUCCUCCUCUCUGCCUCUCUUCACCACACACUCCCUAGAUUUAUUGAGAGGAGCUUUCGAACAGGAUGCUUCGUCUGCAUAGUUUUAGCUCAUACGUGAGGAGGCAGCCCUUGAGUUGGUAUUUGGGCAGAUAUAUGCAAUGUUUCUCAAGGCUUUUGAGCUUCGUUUCUGUUUUUAAGCACGUUACUUUUUGGAAGGGGGUGUUCCUGUCUAAAGCAAGGGGCUUGGAGUGAAGAAUUUGGCAGGGAUAGAUUUGAGGUAUGUGAGCCUUUGGUCCCACUGUUAGACGAGGCUGCACACUGAAGAAGGAGGGGGCAGAUGGAUCAUGAUCCUGGGGGCUGGAGUGGGGCACUACAGUGUAUCAGGAAAGGAAGGGCUGAGAAUCAAGAAGGUCAAAGAGUGGGAGGACAGUACCACUGUGCACUAAAAAAAAAUCCCAAUAUUUUUCUCAAAUAUGACCCUGCUAAGGCAAAUAAUACUAAACUGCAGCUGCUCAGUUUGUGCAAACUGCAACUUCAACUUGUACACCAAUUAGCAGUCUUUCCAGGUGGUAUAUCUCCCUUGGUUCUUCUUCUUUUUUUUAAUAUAGAAAAAUCAGAGCAGAGACAAAUUCUCUGGUCUAUAUAUGCCACCUGCUGGUCUCAGCUCAUUACUGCCUCUCCACAUGCAUUCCAAGACAAUGAGGAGAUGCUGCAAAACCUCCUGUCUCUUCUGAUGCGAUAACUCACUCCUAUUAUAUGUUUUUGUUAAGUUGACUUGCCUUUUAGUAAUUAUUUUACAAAACAAAAGCUAUGUGCUGCUUCUGUAGUCUUAAUCUGCAGAUGAAGGGCGGUAUGCAAAUUCAAUAAAUAACAACAACUACUACAACAACAACUACAACUACAGCAAGAACACAAUAUGAGAAGUGAUGUAAUCUUAGUAUAUGACUUCCAAAACUGUGCCAUUAUAGCCCCAGCUGUUCCUUUCACCCCUUUUAAAAAAUACAGAGCUUUUGCUAAAUAGUAUACUGUUAAACAAAUUCGCCCUCAGUCAUCGAUAGUUAUGUUUAUUGCGGGUUGGAGCAGUUGCUCCUGCCUGACAUUUACCGUAUUUUUCUGUGUAUAAGAUGCCCCCAUGCGUCACAAAAGCCAAAAAGCAUCUGCUCCGCAGCCAGCAAGCGCACGCACAAUUCCGCAGCAUAAGCCAAGUCACAGCAGCCCUUGCCGCAGCCACCAAUCACCCACCCAGUCGCCGCUGUCAAUCUUCUGCUCACGGCUGCAACCAAUCGCCUGUCUCCCUCUUUGCACUACUCAUGUAUAAGACGAGCCCCGAUUUUGAACAUUAUUUUACAGUAAAAAAGUUUGUCUUAUACACGGAAAAGUACAGUAUUUGCAGAAUGGUCAUGCUCUUAGCCAGAAGGGCUGCGCUCAUAAAAGGCUGUAAACAUGGGGCACCAACUAUUUGAAUAGUUUUUCAUAUCAUAAGCUGGUCACUGAAGCUGGCUGUAAACUACCUAGGUUGGUUGAAAGUGUCCGGUUGGCUGCCCGGGAUGUAUAGAAGCUGAGAUGUGGGUGGAGGCCAGGGACUGAGGGAAUUUUUUGCACCUUCCCCAAACAACUGCUUGUGCCUCAAGCUCGCCUUGUGCUUUGUGGCUUUUACAAGCACAUCUGCGUCGGCUUCGAAUGGGCUGAUAUCUUACAGCACAGGUUCAAUGUCUUGCCACAUCAAUACAUUCAGUUUAUAAUGCCAGUGAUAGCGAUAACCAGAGCUCCCCAGUCUCUGACCCUUAAAUGACUCGGGCACUCAGCUUUUUACUGCCACUGUAAGAUUUGCAAAUCUUGGGCCCGCCACUCCCUAUUGGCGUUUGCUUAGGCCAGCCUUCGCCAACAUGGUAUCCUUGAGAUAUUUUGGACUACAACUCUCAUCAGCCCCAGCUUGAAUAUAGGCCUGACUUCUUUGGAAGCAGAAAGCUGAGACUCUUGCAGCGAGCCAGAUAUCUUCUGUUCUCUUCAAAGACCUCCUUCCUUGGAGGUUUCUAAGCAGAGGUUGAAUUGGCCAUCUCUCAUGGAUGCUUUAGCUGAGGUUCCUGCAUUGUAGGGGGUUGGACUAGAUCAGGCAUAGGCAAACUUGGCCCUCCAGAUGUUUUGGGACUACAACUCCCAUCUUCCCUAGCUAACAGGACCAGCGGUUAGGGAUGAUGGGAGUUGUAGUCCCAAAAUGUCUGGAGGACCGAGUUUGCCUAUGCCUGGACUAGAUGACCAUUGGGUCUCUUCCAACUCUACAGUUCUAUGAUUCUAAGUGCUAUAGAUGCACUCAUAGGUAGGCCUUUGCUGGGUGAUAACAUCAUGAAGCAUUCUCACUAUCGGGGUGGCGGCGAGGGGAAUCAUCCAGUAGUUGCAGGACUCCAUUCCCUGAAGACCCAGAAAUUGUUAUGUGGCCUCAUUUACCUUGUACAUAAUACUACAAAAAUGAAUGUUCAGUGCUCGUUAAAAAGACACCCCAGAGGAUCGAAAAUCACAGAAUGUGCCUUAGUUUUCCUCCAACUCCUGUGUGGAUUCCGUGUUCCCAUGAUGCUUUGGGUGUCUGGGGACAGAAGUCCCCUGGAUAAUGCUGCCCCCAUGAGUGUGUCUUUAUAAUGACUUAUGAAACAGAUGUUGGUCCGCGGAUGCUAAGGCAGACUAGCAUCAUUCUAAGAAUGGUUCAGUUCUAUGCCAGCAGGUAUUUAAUCUGUGCUGUUCAUGUCUUUAGCGUUCUGCAAAAUUGCAUUAGCCUUUUACCUGCUGUCUCUAUUCCCCACUUUAUUUCUGUUUUAAUGGUUUUAAUUAUUUCGCAUCACUCUUUUUAUUGUUACAAGCCACCUUGCACAUCUCUCUUGAUACACAAAGUUCAGGGUAGAAAUUACUCCAGUAAAACAAACAAACAAACAAACAAAUUGACCACUACGCGAGGUGGAAUAAAAGUCCAGAGGUCUUCUAAAAUGUUGAUGGAUGCUCAUGCACACUGGAGCCAGUCUGGUGUAAUAGUAUAGUGUUGUUUGUUUUAGGUAGGGCCAAGCUGAAACCUGUCCAUUUAGGGAGCCUUGAGCCAAGUCAUUUGUAUUACCAUAAAAGUCAUGCAGAGAGUCCUGCGGUCUAAUCACUUUACUGGGUUGUUGUCAGGAUAAGAAAUGAAAGCUACUUUACUGAAAGGGGGCUGCAGAAAUGGCAAGGAACCUAGAAGGCAUUUGCAUAAGAGGCAGCAAACAGGAACUGCAGGUGGGAAGAACUAGCUAUAAUAGCUAACAACAGCAACAUAUUUAUAAGCCACUCAUCUGACUGAGUUGCUCCAGCCACUCUGGGUGGCUUCCAACAAAUUAAACACAGUAAAACAUCAAACGUGAAUAAUAAUAAUAAUAAUAAUUUUUUAAAAUUUAUAUCCUGCCCUCCCCAGCCGAAGCCAGGCUCAGAGCGGCUAACAACAGUAAAAGUAACACAGUUUACAUAAAAUCACAAUCAAUUAAUUGAAAUACAUUCUAAAAUCAAUUCAUUCUAAAAUCAAUUCAGAAUCAAAUUAAUGGCAACCAUUGGGCUAGAGUUCUAUGAGUUAAAAACUCCCCUAUCCAGUCCUUCCUUCAGGUGUCUUCUAAAAGUCAAGGAUUGUUUAUUUCCUUGACAUCUGAUGGGAGGGCAUUCCACAGGGCAGGUGCCACUACCUGUGUGCCUGUAUGUUUCUGAGCACAAUUCAAAGUGUGAUGCUGACCUUUAAAGCCAUAAACAGCCUCAGCCCAGUAUACCUGAAGGAGCGUCUCCACCCCCAUCGUUCAUCUCUGACUUUUAAAAAACAUCUGAAGGCAGCCCUGUUUCGGGAAGUUUUUAAUGUUUGAUGUUUUGUUGCUUUUUUAUAUGUAUUCUGUUUGGAGCCACUCAGAGUGGCUGGGGAAACCUGCCAGAUGGGCGGGGUAUAAAUAAUAAAUAAAUUAUCAUCAUCAUCAUCAUCGUCGUCGUCGUCAUCAUCAUCCCAAGAGGGCCCUCUGCCUGGUUCAUUGUAACUUCACUUCUCUUAGUGAGGGAAUUGCCAGAAGGCUCUCAGAACUUGGACCUCAGGGUAUGGGCUGAACGAUUGGGGUUGGAGAUGCUCCUUCAAGUAUAUAGGGCUGAGGCCAUUUAAGCUUCCCAUUCCUGACAUAGAGGGAACUUUCUAAGAGAUUGUUGUUGUUGUUGUUGUUGUUUAGUCGUGUCUGACUCUUCGUGACCCCAUGGACCACAGCACGCCAGGCACGCCUGUCUUCCACUGCCUCCCGCAGUUUGGUCAAACUCAUGCUGGUAGCUUCGAGAACACUGUCCAACCAUCUCGUCCUCUGUCGUCCCCUUCUCCUUGUGCCCUCAAUCUUUCCCAACAUCAGGGUCUUUUCCAGGGAGUCUCUCUUCUCAUGAGGUGGCCAAAGUAUUGGAGCCUCAGCUUCAGGAUCUGUCCUUCCAGUGAACACUCAGGGCUGAUUUCCUUCAGAAUGGAUCGGUUUGAUCUUCUUGCAGUCCAUGGGAUUCUCAAGAGUCUCCUCCAGCACCAUAAUUCAAAAGCAUCAAUUCUUCAGUGAUUGGCCUUCUUUAUGGUCCAGCUCUCACUUCCUAACAUCACUACUGGAAAAACCAUAGCUUUAACUAUAUGGGCCUUUGUUGGCAAGGUGAUGUCUUUGCUUUUUAAGAUGCUGUCUAGGUUAUUCAGCUAUACUGCUAGCUCAGAGAACUAACCCGUUGCCCUGUUCACACACACUGUAUUCCACACAGCUUCCGCCGCCACCGCCGCCAAUGCUUCUCUGAGGGCUUGGAAAAUAAACUAACUUCUCUUCUUUCUGUUUUCAGGGAUCCAGCACGAGUGUGGCAGUGCCAGGCAGCUCUGGAGUCGGAACAGCCAGGCAGUUUACACGGCAAAGGAUAACGCGGGUGAACCUCAGGGACCUCAUAUUAUGUUUAGAAAAUGAGCGAGAGACAAGCCAUUCACUAUUGCUAUACAAAGCAUUCCUUAAGUAAAAAAAGUGGAGAACAUCAAGGUAUUUUUGGCGGAGAAGACACCUGGGGACACUUUUUUUUAUAUAUAUUUGCAGAUUACGCCUUUUUGUAACGAGCAUAUGGGAUACUGUUUAAAAAAAAACACACCCCAUCAACAAACCAUCACCACCACCACUCUGAGACAACCACCUCUUUACAAGGAACCGUUUUCUAGUCCCAUUUAUUAUAAACUCUUUGGUGUAAGAGAGAGAUCCCUUUCUUUGACAGUAAGGAGACUUGCAAAGGCCUGAGGAGUCGAUAAGAGGACAAUUUAAAGUUUAACUCAUCUCUUUGAUUGAGUGGCCUUCUUGCCAAACAAGCCAUAUUAUAGAGACUGAUGGAACCGUUUAGCAAAUAACCAGCUACUCUGUGUCAGAUCCUGUAGCAAUUUCAACAUUAAUUGUGCAUUUUAGUUCAGUUUUACUUAACGAGAUCGAUUAUAUAGGUAUAUGUCUACAGCAGAUGACCUCAUUUUAUUUUAGCUUUUAAAUGGAGUCAGUUAGCAAAGCGAACUGAUUUUAAUAAAUAUUUAUCUUUUCCUGCCCAAAAUUGUUCAGAUCCUAGAUUACACUUAAUUUUAAGCGUAACCUCAAUUCUUUUAAUCUUGUUAUUAUCGCUUAUUAGAGGCAACCCCCCACUCUGAAGGCCCACAAAGGAGGGUUACUUCUGAAUGUUGUAUCAGCAUCUGUAAAAAUAGAAAAAGAAAAAAAAGAAAUGCAUUUUAUUUGCUAUAGUUUGUAAAGCUGUAAAGUUUAAAACAAAAAAAGGAAAAAGGAAAAAAAGAAAAAACCUUUUCAGCAUAAAUAUAUUUUACUUGCACUGUGUUUUUUAGCGAAAGUGAAAGCUUAGAUUAAAUAAAAAUCAAAGUUGAGAGGAAUCAUCAAAAAAGACAGUUUCUCAGUGUGAAAUCAAGUGUUGAAAAAUGGUUGGUGUAUUUUGUCAGUAAAUGUACAUAAUUUUUGGCACAUAACAUUAAAAAAAAAUGGCUAUGUAAACUAUAAUUAUUUUGCUAAAAGACUGUAUGCAAGCUAUGGGCUUACUUUAAAGACGUCCAGAGCAAAAUUCCCCUCUUUGUACCUAUUUUUUUAUUACAAAUAUACUAAUUGGUUCUUUAUAUUUUCAGAGGUUAUUGUAUUAAAUUGUCUAUUGAUAGUACUUUUAUGACUGUAAAUAUGUCGGCUUUCUUUGUGUGAACUCUCAUGUUAGAUUUUAAGGGCAGGGGCCACCGUGAACACUUUUUGCGCAAAUCCUGUUGAAACGAAGGGAGCUCUGCGACAUGAACUGGCAUUGGGUUUCAAGGGAGCCUUGUGCGAGAAGUGUUUCCGGUGGAUUGCACCUUAACUCUUUUUGUGUGUAAACUGAAUGCUGAUCAGUAUUUUUAUCAAACACCCUACAAACUGUUACACCUUUUUAUUUCGUCUUUUAGGGAAUAAAAAUCCUGUCUUUCCAUUUUAUUUUCAUGUAAAUUUUGCACAGUUC